CCUGUAACGUUCUACACUCUCCUCUCGCGGCACAUCGGGUGUUAAUUCCUCUGCAGUGAUGCAGGGGCGGCACGCAGAGUGUUAAUUCUUCUGCAAUGUUGCAGGGUGACUGAGAUAUGGUUUGGUUUCAGCUGAUGUUCUGUCAGCAGGGGAGGAGGGCACCACCAGCUAGAGUGGAAUGGGAGUCACGUGACGCUCGCUCUCUCUCUCACUGAAAAAGAUCUUGCAGAAGUGAAUGCUCUGCCAAUGGCAAUGCAGGGCUGCAGAGCAGGAUAAGGCAUUGAGCUCUGCACAGCACUCGCAGUCAACAUCGUGGCAGUCUAAAAAAAACAGAGAGGGAGCAAGCACCAUGUCUCAGAGGUGGUUUGACCGGGUGAGGGUGCCCGAUUCUGCACCCACUGGAAUGCACAGAGCAAUGUUGGUAAAGUCUGGUAAGUAUGUGCCUCUUAUUACUUCAUCUAAUCUCCCAAGGGGGGCAGGUGACCUGGGCAGUGGGUGUUUCUGACCCCCCUUCCAUUCAUAUCCCUGUGUUGGUGUGAUUGCAUGGCUUGGGUCUGUGGCUAAUACCUGCAUCGCCCCUUGGAAACAGACAGAGAGACCUGUUAAUCAUUGUUGUGGUAAAUCAGAUCCUGCUGAAAUGAAUAGAGGGCACGCAUUGGGACAUCGUUUGCUUUCAGCAUACAUCACCCCAUUUGCCUCUUGAGUGUGGGGUUGUUUUUUUUUAGGAUUUUAUUUUUCAUUUUAGUGGAACAUGGCUCUAGGUGAUGAUGUCAGGGCUUGUUUGUUGCUUCUGGAUUCGUACAAAUAGAAAUAUCUUACAAAGGUUAAACUAUGUCUUGUUUUGUACAAGCACGUCUUCUGUAUGGGGUUAGGAUUUAAGAGGUUCUGCAGCAGCUGCACGGUUAAACCUAUGUGUGCAUUAUAGAGAGAGUGAAUCUUCCUAGUGACUAAGGGGUUCUAUAUUGGCAAGUUUCACUAUGAAGUUGGCAGUCCAGAAAUCUAGAUAAUCAUAGGAGUGGAUGGAUUAUGCUGGUGACUGAUUCCACGAGAAGAGGGCUAUGAGAUAAAACACCCUAUAGAUGUACUCCAGCUCACCGCCUAUGAAAUGGAAAUUCCUAUUCUCUAGAUUACAUACCAUGUACUUUUGGAUCCUCUGUGAGACUAUUUCCUGAGACCAGAUUACAACAAGUGUAAUUUGUUAAUCAAUGCAGAAUAGCCAUGCAACUAGCACUUAAAGGGUUACUCAAACCAAAAAAACAGUGUUUUAAAGGGACACUACAGUCACCAGAACAACUACAGCUUAAUGUUUGUUCUUCUGGUGUCUACAGCCUGUCCCUGCAGGCUUUGUAAUGUAAAUACUGCUUUGAGAAAAGGUAGUGUUUACAUUACUGCCUAGUAACACCUCUAAUGGUAGUCACUCAGAUGGCCACUAGAGGUGCUUUCUAAGUCAGUGAUGAGCACAUUUAGCAUCUCCACGCUGUGCAUGGAGGCGCCGAACGUUCCUCAUAGAGAUGCACUAAUUCAAUGCAUCUUUAUGAGGAGAUACUGAUUGGUGUAGCAUUUGCCACAAAUGCAUAAUAGCCUCCCAAUGCUUUCCUAUGGGAAAGCUUUGGAUUGUCUGAGAUCAUCACGUUUGAGUGACCAUCGGACCUACGUGACCAUGGAAAAAGGUGAGUUUUAUAUCUUUUUAACCUGAGCCGAGAGGGGCUUGAGGCCUAAACUGCGGUUUCCAAACUAUAGUGUCAGGAAUAGACGCUUGUAUUCCUGAUACUAUAGUGUUCCUUUAAAAAAAUAAAUAAACCAAUGAUUUUGGCUGGUGUAACCUCCCCUAGCAUUGGUCUGCCCCUUCAAAACUAAAUAAAUGCUAAAACUUACCUUGGUUCCAGCGGGGGAAGAGGCCAGGUUUGUCGGAAUGAUGAAAGGAAAGGGAUGGCAUGGGCUUUCUGGCACCAGUAAGCUAUACAUGUUGGCAAUUUUGUGCAAUUUUGCACAGAAUUAACAUUUGUUCCUGGCUAGCUAUUGAUGCUACCUGAGGUUGAAUUACACCUAGUAGGAAAGAUUUUUUGUAAAGCACAUUACAUCGUUUUAUAAAAAAAAUAAAAAAAUUCAGCAACUUUGAAUUAGAAAUAUUAUGGGAAGCUAAUACAACUAAAAUAAAUGCUAAACAUUAACACAAUUAGUUAUUUGCAUUUAGCUUCAGUACCAUAGUAAUCUAAGCAGACAGUGUUCAUAAAAUUUCAUAACUAUAAAUAUAUUCACAAAACUGUUUUAGUUACAUGUUGACUAGAUGGUAAAACUGUACACGUGUUCUUUAAACAUGUGAUUUUGUAAAAGUGCAAUUUUACUAAGUAUUUAUCUUAGUAGCACAAUUAUGCUUUAGAGUUUAUGCAAAGGCAUUUUGUCCCCCUUGUCAAUGUAGCGAUCUGGGUGCAGGGUCCUCUAGUUUUAACCCUUGUAAACCAUUGCAGUUUAGUAAAUACGGCAAUGCUUAUAUUGCAGGGUUAAAUACACCUCUAGUAGCGGUCUACCUGACACUCAUUAGAGGCCCCUCCACUGUGAGACCUGAGUUGCGCAUGCACUUUUAGUGCCCAUUGGAUUGGACUGUUCGAUCUGUCAGUGUGAUGUCAUAGGAGGCAGGACAAGCAACUGCAGGGAAAUUUUUUUAAGAAGUACUCUAUUUCCCCCCCCCCACCCCCAAUUUUAUUUAAAUUUAGGGGGACCCUGAAUUUUAAUAAAGAGAAGAACAAUGUAAUGUUAGGACUACAGAUUUGUAUUACUAAUGCUAUAGAGUUGCUCUGUCACCCACUAGUCACUUAAAGGGACACACCAGACAUAAAAGCAACCUAAUCUAAGUUAAUUUGUUAUGGUGCCCAGGCCACUGGAAGCACUUUUAUCUCAAGUGGUUAAAUUGUUCUCAAACGGUUUAACCCCAACGUUGCCACAAGCGGUGAUGACCACUCACCCCCACCACCUUCCCACUUCCACCAGCAGCAUCCGGUUUCUGAAAUUUCAGAUUCAGGAGUGCUGCCGGGCAGAGGCUAAGAGCCGUCAACUGAUGCUCUCAAGCAAUCAGUGACCCCCCAUUCACAAAACUGGCUUGAAAAAGCUUGUUUCUUUUCAAACCAGUUUUGUGAAUAGGGAGUCACUGAUGGCUGAGAGCAUCAGCUGACCACUCUCAGCCAUUCAGUGGUGCCCCUCCCCAGUGGCACUCCACACUUCCUGAAAUUGAUAUUUCAUAAGCCGGAUGCUGACAGGAGGGGGGGUGCACAUCGCCGCUAGAGGCAACGUAGGGGUUAAAUCGUUCAAUAACGGUUUAACCGAUUGAGGUAAAAGUGCCUCUGGGGGCCUCGUGGCACCAUAGCAACAUCAUUUAAUGAAGUUAUUUUGGUGCCUGGAGUGUCCUUUUAAGGAGUAUUUCAAAAAGAUAGAAUUUUGUUUAUGAAAUACUUAAUGUUGACUGUGUUGGAAUUUCGUUGAAAUUCAAAAAAAUAUAUGAAAAAGUAGAGACUACAUUGUUUUAUGGGCUAAGAUGCAUAGAGUCAACUGUCACUUUUUCUUGGUUCCUACAGCUGUGGUCUAUGAAUCAUUAUACCUUGAAUAGAGAAUUAAAAUACAGAAUGCUAAAGAUUUGCCUUUAUAUUUUUUUCCCCAAAUAACAUGCAUAAUAAGCAGAAUGUGCAAGAAUACAUAUAAUCUGCUAUUGGUCUUAUAAAGAAACAAUUGUUAUUUUUGGGAAGGAAGUUUCUGAUUCUGACAGUGCAAUCAGAAUGUAAGCACCCACACACUGUUGGCAGGGCACAUCAUGUACCUAGUGCCCUUGCUACCUCCUCCUUCCCAGAGUGCUUAUCAACAUUCCUGUACAUCAAGCAUGUCAAACUCAAAGGCUAACACGGGCCAAAUAAACAAGGUUUAUGUGGGCCGCAAAAGAACAAAAACAUCAGUUUUAAUAGAAACGUAGGUUUAUUUCGAAAAGUAUAGUAUAAAAAAAGUUGCCUAACUGACACUGGACUUCCUCAUGCUUGUUGGGCUUCAAAGUAAACAAAAGAGCGAAUUUAUAUUAAGGAGAUGUGCAUUUGCAUAUAACCAACGUUUCAGUUCAACUACCUUGACAUAUUAAGAAAUGUUUGGUAAUGGGACUGAAAUGGUGAAUGUAUGCUAUUGCACAGCUGUAAAAAACAAAUUACAUUAUCUUGUUUAUUUUGAAGUUCUAUGAGUGUGUUCUUCACUUUGGCUGAGAUCAUCAAACUUGAUGAUCUCAGCCAUUCCAAUGCUAUGGAGGCUAUUGAGCAUGUGUGGCAAAGAGCUGCACGGCCAUACAGCAUCUCCAUGGGAAGCGUUCAGCGCCUCCAUGAAGACCCAAUCUAACACACUGCCCCUCUUCCCAUUAUAAUGCACCGCCCACAAAUCCAAUACGUUGCACCCCUCUCUCCACUGUUAUACACUUCCCCCUUCACCCAAUCUAAUACAUUGCCCCUUAAUCUAAUACACUGCCCCUCCUCCCUCCACUCUAAUUGAAUAGGCUGCCCCCCACUCCACACUGCCCUCCCUACCACUAAUUUAACACACUAGCCCCUUCCCCAAAUGAAUACAGUGCCCCCUCCCUCCCUCAAAUAAACAAAAUACACUGGCCCCCUACCCUCCUCAAAUAAAUGCACUGCCCCCUCCCCGAUUUAUCACAAUGGCCCCCUGACUUCCCCAAACCAAUACAGUGCCCCCUCCCUCCGAUUAACGUACUGCCCCCCUCCCUCCCAUUAAUACCCUCCCCUCUCUCCCUUCCAUUAAUAAACUGCCACCCCUUCCUCCCUCCCAUUAAUACACUGCCCCCCUCCCCAAUGUAAUACACCGUACCUUCCCUCUCUUAAAUUAAUACACUGCGCCCCCCUCCCAAUCACUGGCGUACAUACCGCCAGGUAUGAAUGCCAGUUUGCCAGCCUCUUCUCCUGGGGGGCCCAGGAGCUGGCAGUGCUGUCACCGGACGGGCAGGCGCACGAGGGAGCAUUCUCCCCUGAGCGCUCUCUGCCCAGUGGUCCUAUAGUGGUCCUUUAAGUGUAUGUAUCUGCAUGCAGUGGCGCACAUGUGCCCGCCGCCAUGUGUUGCAGCCCGCGCAGAGUAAGCGAGGGGGGGGCGAAUCAAUUUUCGCACCGGGGCCCCGUGGAUAGUUUGUACACCACUGCUCCCAUUAAUACACUGCCCGCCUCUCCCUCAAGAGAGAGUGUGUGACAAGUAGGUGGAGUGUUAAAAAAAUAAAUAAAUAAAAAAUCUGUGAAAUCUUAAUACCUAAAGAGGAAUCAUCACAAUCUAAAUUUUAGCACAAUCUAAUGGCUAUCUAAAAGGAUUUCUCCACCUACACAAGUAGAAGCAUCCUUUUAUUUUUUAUUUUUACUGCCGCCGAGUAAUUAACUCAAGUAAUCAAUGAAAUAGCCACUGGGGUGAAGUAACAAGGGAAUGUCACUUCUUUGGAAGUGGCAGUUCCUCUUGCACACCAUAACAAUUUCAUUGUUAAUAAGUUGUUAUGGUGGUAGCAGUGCUUGGGUACUGUCUUACUGCCAGGGCUUUAGCCCUUUACAAAUGGUUUACCUCUGAAGUUGCACCAUUAGCCCUCAAUACUCCUUGGCUGCCACACAGUACAGGAAGGAUUUGUCUUGGCAGCCAAUGGUAAACUGAGGGCGUCAGCCAGCAGUACUGUUAUUAGCAAUGUGCGUCCAGUUAUAGGCUGACAACAUCAGGUGAAACUCUCAGCCCAUCACUGAACAAACAGGAAAAAACGUCUCUACUGGAUAACAGUUUAACCCCUAAAGGUAAGAUUGCGCCCAUUGACUAUAGCCCCCAUAACAAAGUAAUUGAGAUUAAAUUAUAGGGGCUUAAAAAGUGUUUCUUUCUCCAGUGUACAAUAUAUGAACAAAGAAAAAAAAAACCAUAGUGAACCCCGUGUAACACAAUUUACAGCCAAGGUCAUAAAUGAAAACUCACAUAAAUUAGACCCAUUAAAACAAUUGGCUCUGGUUGAAUAAAUUACUGAACCAACAAUGCGGUCUCACAAGUGUUGAACCUUAAAUGGAAAUAUGUAUAUAGGAUCUCACAGUAAAUAGGCUGGAAAACAAUUCAGCAGAAGCAUAGAGAGGUGUAUGGGUAAACUCACAUGUGUAUGAGCCCAAAACACAGUCUCAAACUAGUCACACAAUAUUUACCAAAGUGUUCAGAAAAGUGGUGUUUUAAUUUCAUCAUCAGUUCCAAAUAAAGACUUCUGAAUAUAGAGUAGUAGAGAAAAAAACAAACUCAGACUGAAUACAAGCCAUUUUUCAGCAACUGAUUUAUCAGAAAUGAUGGUAAGGGAUUAAGAGAAGAAACAAUGAAAAAAUAUAACAAAUAGCACAAAAAAACUUAAAAAUUAAAUGUAAAAGAUUCAGUAACCGUUUUCCUAAAUCUCCACCAAUGGUGCGUGAAAUGUAUAUCUGCCACUCAUUUGAAAUUCUCUUUACAUGGUUUUAUAAAUACUUUUUCUUUCAUCGCAUUGUUAAUAGUAAAUGACUCCUAAACUAUACAAAUACAGAUUGUUUUACUGUAUUUUAUCAUAGCUAAUGUUGUCUUCAGAAGUAUGGAGGAUGUCACCCUUAUUGACACCAUGAUAUUUUCUGUUUGAGCUGACGUUGUGGGCUCAUACAAAUGUGAGUUUACCCUUAUAUCUCUUAACCAUCCUACUGAAUGUUUACAGUCUAUGCUAUUUAAUUCCAUACAUGUGUUACCAUGUAUGGUCCAGUCCACCAUAUGUCCAAGGAGUGCAGCAACCUUAUUGGCUCAUAUAUCUAGUGUUUUAUUGGCUCUAGUUUAUAUGGGUGUUCUUGUGACUUUCACUACAUAUAUAAAGUGUUAUAGAGGCUUAACUAUGGCUUGUUUAUGUAUUGUACACUGGAGAGCACUUCACCUAUUGUCACUGUUUUUCGUUAUUGGUGUUUUAGUGGUUAUUGAUCGUACUACUUGUUCAAAUAGCACUAUUUUGUAUAAUAAUUUUGAUAUCAAACCAAAUCUUAACGUAUCUAUACAUGUUGUUGGAUGCAAAGUUGUUAAUUUUCAUGUACAUUAUCAUUUUCUUUUGAUGAUCCAAAUGAAUGAUUCUAUGUAAUUAACACCCCUUUGAGAUUGUUUAUAUCUUGCAAAUUAAGAGUUAUGACAACUUUAUGCAGCUUGUCAUGGCAAGUGACUUUUUUUAGAUUAAGUGCAUAAAGUGGCAGCAGGAGUACAAGAAAAAUAUGAUAACGAGAGAAACUGAAUACAUAGUGGACUUUGAGAUUUUUUUUCUAGUUGAGCAUCUUAUAUGAGAAUUUCACUUUUAAUUCACUUGACCCGAGAGUUCUCGCUUUAGUUUAGCCUUGUAAGUGUAAGAAAUUAGAACUGUCACUUUAACAGAAAUCCCCUACCCCUUAGACCAGGGGUCCUCAAACUGUGGCCCACCAGAUGUUGCUGAACUACAACUCUAAUAAUUCUCUGGCUAUCUAUGUAAUUCAAAGAAUCAUGGGAGUUGUAGUUCAGCAACAUCUGGAGGGCCACAGUUUGAGGACCCCUGCCUUAGACUAUGACUACAGUUAUGCCCAAAAGUUUGCAGACCCUUGGAGAAUUGGUAAUAUAAGUUCCAAUUUAAAAACAAAUAUGAGUGAGUAGGCAAAACACAUUUCUUUUAUUUCUUAUGGAAUUCAUAUACAACUGUAGGGUAUAACAGAAUAGCACAAUCAUAAAACAAAACAUGGCAACAAAGAAAAAAAAUUUAAUGUCUUCAUACUCAGUUCUUAAUAUUGUGUAUUGCCCCUUUUAGCAUCAAUGCAAGCGUGCAGUCUUUUGUAAUAGUUGUCUAUUAGGCCCCUAAUUCUUGCAGGUGGUAUAGCUGCCCAUUCGUCUUGGAAAAAUGCCUGCAGGUCAUGCAAAGUCUUUGGUCGUAUUGCAUGAACCGCACAUUUGAGAUCUCCCCAGAGUGGCUCGAUGAUAAUUAGGUCAGAAGACUGUGAUGGCCACUCCAUAACCUUCACUUAUUUCUGCUGUAACCACUGGAGGGUCAACUUGGCCUUGUGCUUAGAGUCAUUGUCAUACUGGAAAGUUCAAGAGCAUCCCAUGCACAGCCUUCGUGCAGAAGAAUGCAAAUUGGCUGCCAGUAUUUUCUGAUAACAUGCUGCAUUCAUAUUGCCAUCAAUUUUCACAAGAUUCCCAAUGCCUUUAGAGCUCACAUCCCCCCAAACAUCAGUAAGCCACCACCAUGCUUCACAGUGGGGAUGUUAUUAUUUUUACUAUAGGCCUUUGUGACGGUAGUCACCGUCACUGGGGAUGGAAGACAGACACUAUGUGUGGGUCCCUAGAUUCCUUUUGUGUUUUAGUCACCCUGUGCCCUUUAUUGGUGCAGGGUAUGUUGAAUGUAUUGUUUGUCUGUGCCUCUCUCCUCCCCCUUUUUCCUGUCCUAUUGUUUCCUCAGCAGGGCAUUGUCCCAGGGACACUGCCAGACCAGUUUGAACUAACUGCCCUGUUCCUCCUCAAUCUCCCAUCAGCCCUUACUAUUGCCUUACCCCACCCUUGUACUAUAGUGCUCUUAUCAACCUGUUGUAUGUAAAUGAGACUGUUGGGGGCUUAAAAUAUGUGUACUAUAUUCAUUAAAGUUAGUUGUUGUUUUAACCUUCACCAAGUGUUGUCUGGUAUUUGGGGAAAUCUGCUGAUGGAAAGUGCGUCCAGGGCUAUAAAAACAGUAGUCUGGUCCAGGGUGGAAAAGGCCCUCAGUGAUCCCAGUCAAGCCUCGUCGACUGUGUCUGAAGUGCUCCAGGGUCCCUGAUAGCUACAAGGAAGCAGACUUGGCAGAGGUACUCGGCCAGAGUACUGGACCUCCGUCACAGCCUUGUUGACCCCUCUCCAAGCAUACCGGUUAUGGUUUUGACCAUAAAGCUCUAUUUUGGUCUCUCCACUCCAAAUUACAGUGUGCCAGAAGGCGUCAGAGUGUCAAGGUGUUGUCGGGCAUAUUGUAACCGGACUUUUUUGUGGCAUUGGCGCAGUAAUGUCUUCUUUUUGGUAACUCAACCAUGCAACUCCUUUUUAUUCAAGUAUCAUCAUAUUUUGCUCCUUGAAACAACCACAUUGUCUUUUUCCAGAGCAGCCUGUAUUUCUCCUGAGGUUACCGGUGGGUUUUUCUUUGUAUCCUGAACAAUUCUUCUGGCAGUUGUGGCUGAGAAUUUUCUUGGUCUACCUGACCUUGGGUUGGUAUCAAGUCAUCCCCGAAUGUUCCACUCCUUAUAAGUAAUUGAACAGCACCGACUGGCAGUUAAAAGGCUUUGGAUAUCUUUUUAUACCCUUUUCCAUCUUUAUAAAGUUCCAUUACCUUGUUACGCAGGACUUUUGACAGUUCUUUUCUGAUCCUCAUGGCUCAGUAUCUAGCCUGCUCAGUGCAUCCCCGUGAGAGCUAACAAACUCACUGACUAUUUAUACACAGACAGUAAUUUCAAUUUAAAAAGCCACAGGUGUGGGAAAUUAACCUUUAAUUGCCAUUUUAACCUAUGUGUGUCACCAUGUGUGUCUGUAACAAGGCCAAACAUUCAAGGGUAUGUAAACUUUUGAUCAGGGUCAUUUGGGUGAUUUCUGUUAUCAUUAUGAUGUACAAAGGAGCCAAGCAACUAAAGGAUAAUAAGUGGCUCCAUAUGAUCAUUAUCCUUCAAUAAAAUAUUUUUUUUUGCAUGUUCAGUCAUAAUUUUUAAAAUCAAUUCCAAAAUAUCACAAUUUCUGCCAGGGUUUGCAAACUUUUGAGCACAACUGUAUAUAAUUUGUUGUGUCAGAAAUGCCUCUGCCACAUGUUCUUGGAGGGGCCUGCUUGCCAGCCUUCUGCCAAAUGACUAUGGGCCCUUUAAAAACGUAUGUGAUUUAUGUACUUUUGUACUCCAGAAAGAGAGACCGACUGUUGGUCCUAAUGCCCUGGAACUGUUGACUUCCAUGGAAAUCCCGAACCCCUGAACCGAUCUGGGUGAUUGGAUAUGUUGGUCCCCCAGAUUGGAGCGAGUGAGGUUUCCAUUUGUUUUGGGGAUACUUUAGGGUUAUUGUAAAAUAUGUUUUCUGUGCCUGGAGAUAAUUGAGUUUAGUACAGUUCCUAACUUGAUUAUCUCUCAGGCACAGGGGAGGCAUUAUCCUGUUUUGUGUGGGAGUGUGCUGGACCUGAGAGCCAAUGUAAUAAAUUACAGUGUUUACUUAGUCACAGUCCCCUCUCAGGUCCAGUGGGAAAUGCGCCUGGGAUAUGUUAUGGAAAACCCCUUGCAUGGGGACUUGCAUAUAAGGCCAGUUGUGGCUGCCAUUAAACAGUUCAACUUCACCCUCAACACAGAACCGCGUCUCAUGAUUGUAGGGAACAUCUGCACUUGUCUCCAAGCCGGCCGGAGUCAAGAAGCAAUAGAUCCACUUCCAGAUUCUCCUCUGCAUGUUUACUAUAUGCCCGAUUUUAACUUCACAAAUGUGAGUGGUUUUAAUCUUUUACACAGUGCACUAUGGCUCUUCAUUUUGUAUUUUAGAUCGAUGUGAAGAUCCAGUAAAUGUAGGUCUAUUCCAAUGGUCUAUAAGUGUAUUGAUUGGAAGGAUACUUCUACUUUUAUGGGACUAUCGUCUGCUAGUACCAUAUUACUAGCUCUUGUAAGAGCUAUCCUGCUAUACUCUCUGGAGUAGGAGAGGUCUACCCACUGGAAGCUGGAUCCCUGACUUGGGUCCAGUGUGGGUGUAGGACAGCGAGACCCCAGCCAAGUUGUGGCGGCUAAGGGUCUACAGUGCUGAUGGUGUCUGGUGGAGUGCUUGGAAGUACUCAGAGGUACUAGGAAGCAGUAAUUGGCAGAGGCACCCUGUUGGGGUGCCAGGCGGUCCGUCACAUAUAUAUCAUAUAGAUAAUGGAUAUAUUCAGUUAAAAAUUUUAAGAUAUCAACUCACCUCCUCUUCGGUCCAGCAUCGCUAUGACUUCAGAUGCAUGGUAGUUUCACUGUUGUAACAUCCACCCUCCCAUCUGCCUGCAUUCAUUUUUAUUUGCCCUGCAUAGGGACUUUCUCCAGGAUGGGAACAAACCUCUUUCAUGAUGGUCUGGCUUCACCACUAGCAUGCCGGAGCCUAAACUGAGUGAUGUCAGCCACUUCACCCCUGUACUCCCUAGGGAUUACUAGAAGUGUCAUCCAGGGCAAAAUAAUAGCAGAUUGCAUGCACCAUGCUUGUAAGGCUUGGAGAGCACGAGGUCCACCUGUAGGAGGUUGCUCCUGCUCUCCCAGCCAAUCAAUCGUUUGACAUGGAGCUAUUUUUGUAAAUAGGUUUUUCUCCCAAUCUAUAUAUUUUCUAGCAAUUCUGGUACACUUUGUCAAGCUGUCAUAUUUGCCUGGUGCAAAAAAAUAAGGUUUUUAAUAUUGAUUAUACCACUGUAUACAAAUUAACAGUGCAAUUGAAGGGUUGCUCCACAUACAGAUUAGAAGCACCAUGAAAUAAAUGGUCAUGGUACUUAGAAUCAACAUGUGUAGCAUUUCAGUUUGAAACACUGUACAUAAGAAGAUAUAGCACAUUGCUGCUGGACCUCCACCUCCAGAAGAGUUAUUAGCCACCCUAGAAGAAGAGUUCCAAGCUGGUUAAUGUUACAUCUGUGUUCGACAGGGAUAACAUAAUGGAGACAUAUGACCACUGGUUGCACCCCCACCUGUGCCUCUCAAGUCCUCCCCUGUUCGAGAUGUCACAUCUGUUCCAGGGGGAAAAGGUGAACACUAUGUCAGUAAUGAUUACUACAACCAAAAACAGUGUUUUAAUAAGACACAGUUUUUAGGUGGAGUAACUCUUUAAAUUGAAACACAGGUAGCUAUUGUUCCACUCUUCUUUGUGAUCUAUUGAGAAAACAAAAGUGAAUGUUCUGAUUUUCCAAGUAGCAAACCACAGUCUUGUUAGCACUUAUAAAACAUGGCUUUAAAUUUUAUGUUCACUAUUAAUCCGUAUUGUAUUGAUCCAUUUUAAAUAAAGUAAGUAAAAUAAUAUUUAAAAAGUUGAAGUAAUAGUACAGGAUUUUUUUUUAAAAUAUAAAGUAUAUAUAUAUGUCCCACCUGGAACCUGUUUAAGCCACUCGCCCAACUUGGGAGACACAACCCCGAGUCCUAGCACAACUGGAACUACUACUGCCUUCACUUUCCAUAUUCUGUCUCACUCUUCUUUCAGUCCUUGGUAUUUGAUCAUCUUCUCAUGCUCUUUCUUCCUGAUGUUAUAGUCACUGGGUUUUGCCACAUCCACCACAAAUGCAGUCUUCUGUUCCUUGUCUACCACCACAAUGUCAGGUUUGUUGGACUAGGCAGGUCCAGCCCAUAUUCUGUACAGAUGUUUCUGUACACAAUUCCAGCAACUUGGUUGUAUCUCUCCAUGUAUGCUGUUCCUUCAUGCGCAUUCAGCCGGUCGCAUAGGAAAGCAUUUACAAUGCUUUCCUAUGGACGCUUGCGUGCUCUCACUGUGAAAAUCACAGUGAGAAGCACGCAAGCGCCUCUAGCGGCUGUCAAUGAGACAGCCACUAGAGGCUGGAUUAACCCUAAGUAUAAACAUAGCAGUUUCUCUGAAACUGCUAUGUUUAUAGAAAAAAGGGUUAAUCCUAGAGGUACCUGGCACCCAGACCACUUCAUUAAUCUGAAGUGGUCUGGGUGCCUAGAGUGGUCCUUUAACUUCACAAAUGUGAGUGGUUUUAAUCUUUUACACAGUGAGCACUAUGGCUCUUCAUUUUGUAUUUUAGAUCGAUGUGAAGAUCCAGUAAAUGUAGGUCUAUUCCAAUGGUCUAUAAGUGUAUUGAUUGGAAGGAUACUUCUACUUUUAUGGGACUAUCGUCUGCUAGUACCAAUUCAUAUCAGCCUGUCUUCAUUCUUAGCUGGCAUUUUCUGAUACAGGCAGACACUUUCCCUGGACACAUUGUAUCACUGUUUAUGUAUCCAAGUGUUGAUACUUAUUUAUCCAGGACUGAGACUGUUUAUAUGUCACCUUAAAGGACCACUAUAGUGCCCUGAUGGUGCCCCCACCCUCAGGGUCCCCCUCCCGCCGGGCUGUAUGGCGAGGAAAGGGUUAAAACUUACCUUUUCUCCAGCGACGGGCGGGGAGCUCUCCUCCUCCUCUCCGCCUCCUCUCCUCCUCUUCGGCUGAAUGCGCAUGCGCGGCAGGAGCUGCGCGCGCAUUCAGCCGGUCUCAUAGGAAAGCAUUUACAGUGCUUUCCUAUGGACGCUUGCGUGCUCUCACUGUGAUUUUCACAGUGAGAAGCACGCAAGUGCCUCUAGCGGAUGUCAAUAAGACUUGGAGGCUGGAUUAACCCAUUUAUAAACAUAGCAGUUUCUCUGAAACUGCUAUGUUUAUAAAAAAAAGUGGUUAAUCCUAGAGGGACCUGGCACCCAGACCACUUCAUUAAGCUGAAGUGGUCUGGGUGCCUAGAGUGGUCCUUUAAGUCAUUCACAUGAUUCCAAUUUGACUUUUAUUCACCACACUUUAGUUGGGUUUUGAAUUUUAGCAGAUGCAUUUUUGUACCAUGUUUGCACCUCUUCUAUUUUUAAUUUUAUUCUGAAUUGUAUACAUUAUAUUGUCCCCUAUUGCCUACAUUAUUUGACAUCACUGGUUCAUUACUAGAGUUUAUCUAGCUGCUAUUUCUUGUUUACGACCCUCGCCUGCUCUGCCAAGCAACCUCCUCCAAUCGUUUGAGGCUUCAAUCAAAAAGCUUCUUAGUGAGCACUGUUAAGAAUUUAAAUUAGUGUGUGUGUGUUUACUUAUAUAUUUACAAAGCCAUAUUACAGUCCUGUCGUCCACCCAUGUGUAUCCUAUUAAGGGUUUAUAAAAGUGUAGCGGUUUAUAAGAGUACUCCUGUCUCAGUGCCUUUUAGCUGAAAGCAGCCAGGUGAAUAGUUUGUGUAGGAUUCACGGGAGGGGCACCAGGGCAAGUGCUUGCCCCGAGCAGCUGGCCUACAUGAGCGAGAGAAAAACUUAUGUUUUAGGUUAGCCCAAGCCCUCAGCAACGAUCCACACACUUUGCCAUCCUGCCAACAUAGAGUUUCUCCCAUGUGGUGUAGAGACCUAUGUAGCUUAUAAAUGGCAGCAGCAUUAGACAAAGGGUAAGGGUAAGGGUAAUUUUUUAUUGUAUUUCUCAAUAAAUGUGUGUGUGUCCACAAGUGUGUCUAUGUGUUUAUGUGGAUCAGUCCAUGUGUAAGUCAGUCUGUGCGUCUUUGUGUAUGGAUCAGUGUGUGUAUGUGUGACAGUCAAUGUUUGUGUGUAUGAGUCAAUGUAUGUCUAUAUAUCUCCAUGUAUGUGUGUAUGUCAGUGAGCAGGUGUUUCAAUGAUUGUGUAUAAGGGUCAGCAUAAUUAGAUUUAUUAUUAUUGGCAUUUGUAUAGUGCCUACUUAUAUAAACACUAUAACUUAUAUAGUGCUUUACAGAAAUGCUAUAACAAAUUUCAACAGAAAUGCUAGGUUAAUGAGGACCAUGCGUGAACAUGCUUACAAUCUACAUAUGAUGUCUUUACUAUAGGCCAUCAGACUAUACAUUAAGUUUGUUAUUAUUGUAGACUAUCUUUAGAAAAAAAUCAUAUUGGCUGUGUUGGAAUUUCAACUAAUAAUCCCAGACACAUUCUAAGACCACAUAAGGACUACUUUGUCUUUUAGGCAAACCUGAGGUUAACCAAACUUGACAGAUUUUGGCAGUUCCCACAUCUGUCACUAGCAAGAGGCGUGAAUACACCCCUGACAUGGCUCCUGGCAGAUGAAACACCAAAUGCUAAAGAAAUAAGAUGGCAGCACCCAUGAGGGAGAGCUUCAGGUAUGGAUAUCUACGGUCCAGUGCUCCCCCAGGCCACCACACCCCAAGCAGAGAUGUCAACCCUGGAGUUCUCUGCAAAUUAUGCAAAGACUCCAGAAUGUGUAGAGAUGCUUUAACUUGUAUAAUACACAUACACGUAUAUACAUUCAGAAAUCACACCAAUAUAGAAAGUAAUAAGUAUUUCAAGCUCUACAGAAAUAUUCUCUAUAUUCCAAAUUAUAGACAUGAUGAAUCCUCUGUUUUGACCUAGGUUUGGCUGCAUUGUUUUAGUUUCUGUGAUUCAGAUUUUCAUUUACAAAAGUUAAGAGAUUAAAGAAUAACCUUAGCCGGUCUUCCAGUCUGUUCCCUUGGUGCCAAACUACCGCUCUAUGAUAUAUCCAUUGUGAAGUAGUGCACUCAUAUGACUUAAAAUUAACCCAAUAACUUUUUCAUUUUAAGAAGGCGACAACAUACAAUGUUUCAGUCCCUCUACCAAACAUUUAGUAGCAGGUCCAGAUAAUGGGGCUGAAACAGUGAUUAGAAGCUGUAUGUUUCUGCUUAUAACAAACCAGUACAUUAUUUGGAAGUAUUUUGAGUGUUUUUCUUUGCAAUGAAUUUGAAUUUUUUUUUUAUAUCCAUGCAUUGCAUUGUAUGACUGGUAUCAUUUUUUUUUGGGGGGGGGGCGAGGGAGGGAGGCUGUAUUUUAUUCCCAGUACAGCUCUGUAAGAGGUGAAUCUAGCGAGAUAGGGAGAGAUGUGGCUGAUGGGAUAGACAGAUUAGCCAGAGAGUACAAAGAGAUGGGAUUGAAGAGAGAUGGAGAGAGAAAAAUAUAGAAAAAUGCGACUGGGAAAGAGAGAUGAUCUAUUGGGCUCACAGUAAUGUGCAGGACAUAUCAUUGUAUUACAGAGAUCCAUGACCAUAAAAUGCACAGUAAAUGAACAAAUCACAUUGCCUCACAGCAAUAAAACAAUCAUUUGCAUUGUGAUUGUAUAAGCGCCAGACAUUUGUUUUCCUUAAGCUCUAAAAAAAACUGUGGCAGUGCCCCUCACGAGUCCAGUCCCUACAAGUGCUCCUGGACUCCCUAGGAGUCCAGGAGCGCAUUGACACGUCAGGUGAGCUUACAUGUUAAUGGCCAUCGGCGUUGUACAAAAACAAAUCCUGUUAUAUAAGUCUACCUAGGAAUUCGGGAUAAUGCUCCUGUAACUUUUUUAGUUAUUGUGCAUUGAUUUCAGAACAGACUUCACUCUGGAGCUUUAAAGGACACUAUUUUGAAGGUGACCUAUUUUUAAGUCAGAUCUUUCAUUUUAGUUCCCUUUCUCUCUGUCCCUACAUCUGUCUACCAAUUUCACCAAGUCCCUCUGUGGCUCAAUCCUUCUCCCUAGUCCCAGUUUUGGCUAAUGUUAUUCCAAAACUCACUUUCUACCUUAUCCAUGUCAGAAAACUUACAUGUGAAGCUCUGAAUGUGCCAUGUUCUGUUAUUUGAAUUAUAUUUAAUAUUUAGUCAGCUGCACACAAAUUUCUUACUGUGGUGGAAGAAAAGAGGAGCAGUCAAAGAAAUAUGCCCUUGAAAAGAUUCUGAGGUAACCAGCCCCACAGUUGGAACUUUUGGCCCUAAAGCCCCCUCCCCUCCAAUCGCCUUUGUGCUAAUGUCUUUAAAUGGUUUAGACUGCCAUGUUUUCAUUGGGCCUUCAACAAAUCAACAUUGAUAACUUUUAUGUAAGCAAAGACUGAGAGCCAUGCUACUGUAUACCAACACUUUCACUACAACUUCCAGAACACAGCGACGUUCCAUACAGCUGUGUUAUUGGAACAAAAUCAUCAAUCGCAAGCUAUGCAGCAAUUUGGUGAAGCUUUUAUUGCAUUUAGCCAGGGUCAGAUUAUCAUAAUGGCUAAUGGAGCUGGGGCUCCAUGGAACAGGUCAAUUGAUCCUAAAAAGUAAAUAAACCCCUUUUUGCUGCAUUACUCUUUAUAUGGGAACUUAGGAGGAAUGCAGGGGAACAAAACUUUUGUGGACUGUCUUCGUAUGAUAUAGUUUAUAUACACUUUGUGCACUAUGCAAGGGAUUUUGCUGCUUCUAUGUCUCUAAAAUCAUUUUCAUCAUGUGAUAGUGUGGCACAUCUACUCCCUGCUACACUCACUAUAUCCACCUCUUUCCCUGUCUCAGGCUGCAUAUCAGGAGAAAAGUUGUAAGCAAGAAGCGAAGGAGAGGAGUGUAAGAAUGAGUCCUGAACAGAUAGGAUUAACAGUUUGAUUAGUGAGAGAGGAGCAGGGAGCUGUGUUGCUUUAAGAUAGACAGACUUGGUUGAGAGAUGGAAGGGAAAGAUUGGCAUAGGAUAUUCUUAACAUCCUGCAAGUGUCUCUCCAGUACCAUCUCCGCCAGAUACAAGACACUUGGGAGGUAUGGCUGUUAUGGUGCUUUGUACCAGACAGAUUCUGUAAUUAGGUCCAUUAUAAUCAUCAAACAUUAUAAGCUUUUAAUCCAUCCCUGCAUUUAGCCCUAACCAUAGAUUGCUUCACUGGUCUGUGGAAGAUCCCAGUUAGGCUCAACACUAACAUUUUGCUGCUCUGCAGAUUUUUGUUAUUCUCAUGCACAUGUCUUUGUUUGUCUCUUUAGGGAAACAACUCCUAUGUUGUUACACAUUGCAAAAUAAUAGAGUGCUCAUACUGGCAGUGUUUUAACCCCUUAAGGACCAAACUUCUGGAAUAAAAAGGAAUCAUGACAUGUCACACAUGUCAUGUGUCCUUAAGGGGUUAAGGAACGCCUAUAUUUCUAGGCUGCCUACAGGCUUAGAGUAGUAGAGGAAGGAAUGAGCACUGCACAGCAAUUAAACUGGAUGCCAGCCCAGGGAGCUUCCUUACAAUAGCCACCAGUAGCAGAAAAGUAAAUAGCUGAGCAGCAACUCCAGAUUGAUUAAUGGAGGAAAUUGCAAAGCUGGCUCCACUUUGGUGGAAUACAAUCUCCUUUAUUGAUCAAUAGGCUCAGAGCAGGCUGCUUCACUGUGGUACUAAGCUGGCCCCAUUAGUUGUGGUUAUGCAACCUUUUCAGGUAGGGUGGGUGGCAGUAUGAGGUAUGUUACAUGGGAUCAUGCUGGAAUAAUGUGAAUUAAAGCGCUACGGAAUCCGUUGGCGCUAUAUAAAUGGCAAUAAUAAUAAUAAUAAUAAUAAUUAACUUCUGAAUGUUCCAGAGCAACAGAAUGAACCCCCUUACGUUUCAUAUCAUUAAUAACACGGUAUGUUGAGAUGACUUAAUUUUUUGAAUAAUGUAGGUGAGUAAUAAGCACACAGUAAGUUAUUAAAUAUUGCAACAGAACAAGAUGCUGCAUUCUCUCUAGUUAUUUCUGUGGUAGUUAAUGUAUGACAAAAGGCACUUGAAAAAUCACAUUUAUUUGGAGAGAUUGUGCAACGUCCUAUCUGUGCCAGAGCUUGCUUGUGCGGAUUGUUAUCCACUACAACUGAAUUACUUUAUAGUCUAGGUCCUCAGCUCUGCAUUUAAACUGUUUACAGAAGCAUGCACAAACAUGAACUAUCACCUCGGGGGAGAUGUACCUGUUAAAGGGACACUCCAUUGCACAAAUACAAAAUACAUUUUAAAAAAAUAACUGUUUAAUAGAUAUAUCCCAAAUGAAAACGUGCAUGCAUUUAAGCAACAGGAUUUACUUACUCGCUAUCUCUAAAUAGGACGUUUUCGAAAACCGUUUAGAUUAUUGUGGUACCUAAACUUUGCACUUCCAUUAAAUAAUGAUAACAUGCAUAUAAUACGACUAAAAUAGUUGUGGCAUACAUAGUUACUUAACUAUACCCAAAAAACACUCCAUAUUUUUGCCCAACCCGACAGUGAAUAACGAUCUUACAAAGUAGGAAAUAAUAGCAUUACAUUUACAAUUCCUCUAUAAAGUACAUCAUGUGAGCAAGCUGGUUUAAUUAAAGGCCAUGAUGAAAUGAUUGGCAUCCUUUAGUAGAAUUAAUUUAGCAGUAUCUUCUUGCCAAUCAUCAGUAAUGAUGAUUGAAUAAAGAUAAAAAAAAUACAAAGUAUUCAAUUCUGUUCAUGCUGUACUUUACUUCAGUUUUGAAUCCCUAUAUAAAAUGUAUUGAAGCUGUUUUUCUUUUUUGUAUAGCAAAGGUAUUUUCUUCCAGAUUUCUCUAUUAAAUGCUUCAUAUAAUGGACUAUACCCAACAAGGAUGCCCCAUGUCGAUUUGUCUCAUUUGCUAAUGGUCUUCUGCAUUAGAACGUCUGGCUGUGAGCAGUGGAGAGGACUCAAAUAUGCAAACUUUCACAUAAGAUCUUCUACUUGACUGGCCCCGGUGUGGUUUUUAUCGUUCAUGCAGAACCUUUUUUCAUAUUUGUAUCCCUCUAACAAAGCAUAAAGCUUUUAUAUUCAUAAUCCCUGUGUCUUCUAUUCAAACCUUUUCCAACCUGGGCCUCUUCACAAACAUCUUCCAUGAAAUUCCUACACUUUCGCCCUCUCUCUAGUGUCCAAGCCAAACCUACAUAAUCAACAUGGCGGCCAUGGGGAGGAGGAUUUAGUGCAGACAGGAGCCCAGGGACACAACUUUGCGGUUAACCACUUUAAAUUGUUUAUCCUUCUAGGAUAAAGCAUCCAGGGACCCCUGCACCCAUAACAACUAUUUAGAUGAAGCUUUAAAGGAUCACUAUAGGGUCAGGAACACAAACAUGUAUUCCUGACCCUAUAGUGUUAACACCACCAUCUAGCCCCCCUGGGCCCCUCAUGCCUCCAUAAAUAUAGUAAAAGUCUUACUAUAUUCAAGCCUGAAGCUGUAACUCUGCAUGCUCUUAGACUCAAAAAACAAGCAGUCUGCUGACAUGUGGUAGCCUGAUCCAAUCACAGUGCUUCCCCAUAGGAUUGGCUGAGACUGACAAAGAGGCAGAUCAGGGGCAAAGCCAGCAAGAUUCAAACACAGCCCUGGCCAAUCAGCAUCUCCUCAUAGAGAUGAAUUGAAUCAAUGAAUCUCUAUGAGGAAAGUUCAGUCUCUGCAUGCAGAGGGAGGAGAUACUGAAUCACAGGAUGCUGUGCACAGUGCUGCCCUGUGCUCUGCUGGUAGCAGAUCUGAGUGGAUGGAGGCAUAUUAUGCCUCCAUCAACUCAGAAGUCCCUCUGGUUCACUCUGAGUGACUGCAACUGGAGGUGCUCCUAGCUUUCAAUGUAACCGCUUUUACAUGAGAAAGGCUGCAGGGAGCUAUAGUUCUCACCUGAACAACCUCAUUAAGCUGAAGUUGUUCAGGUGUCCCUUUAAUGGGGGUGGAGUAUCCUUUUAAAAUCCCUUAAUUCAGGAAACAUGUUUCUUCACUGUCUCUAUGUUCUAGAAGCACACCUUUAUGCUUCUUUAACUAUUCCUUAAUUUCUUCCACACAGGCAGCCCCUUACAAUGCAGUUCUGGGUUCUGCUUUUUUUAUUUUUAUAAUGGAACUGAACAAUGCAGUUAAAACCAUUUAAGUAUAUCAAUUGGACCUAUCAGAUCUUUUGACCAGCAGGGAGACAAAAUGUCGGCACCGAUUCCAAUUUCUGUGUUGGUAUGGUGUCCCUUUAAUGGGGGUGGAGUAUCCUUUUAAAAUCCCUUAAUUCAGGAAACAUGUUUCUUCACUGUCUCUAUGUUCUAGAAGCACACCUUUAUGCUUCUUUAACUAUUCCUUAAUUUCUUCCACACAGGCAGCCCCUUACAAUGCAGUUCUGGGUUCUGCUUUUUUUAUUUUUAUAAUGGAACUGAACAAUGCAGUUAAAACCAUUUAAGUAUAUCAAUUGGACCUAUCAGAUCUUUUGACCAGCAGGGAGACAAAAUGUCGGCACCGAUUCCAAUUUCUGUGUUGGUAUGGUGAUCUGGUGCUCUGGUAUAAAUUAAUUCAUUAGCUAGCAAAUUACAGUACUUUUUGCAAGAUAGAUGCAUUCUAAUGCUCAAUAUUUAUUAAGAUCUUUCAGUUCUACUCUGACAUAUAUGCUGUAGAAGCAGUUCAAUCAUGACUGAUAUAUAUUUCUAUAGGGAAUCAACACAGUAAAGGAGGAGACUAUAUUUAAAAGAAGAAAAACUACCACAACAAGAGGACAUCGUCUUAAAUUAGAAGGACAAAGGUUUAAAAAUAAUAUUAGGAAGUAUUACUUUACUGAGAGGGUAGUGGAUGCAUGGAAUAGCCUUCCAGCUGAAGUGGUAGAGGUUAACACAGUGAAGGAGUUUGAGCAUGCGUGGGAUAGGCAUACGGCUAUCCUAACUAUAAGAUAAGGCUAGGGACUAAUGAAAGUAUUUAGAAAAUUGGGCAGACUAGAUGGGCCAAAUGGUUCUUAUCUGCCGUCACAUUCUAUAUUGGGGGGAGACAGAAAUUGUUUAUUUUUUCAAACAAAAUUGUAUGCAUCAAUUUUGGCUCACUUGAGCAGAGCCUUCUCAAAAACUUCUUGUUUUGGGUAUUGUUGAGUGUACGUCAGAUUUAAAUUAUACUGCUAUAUCUCUCACUUCUACCAAUUAUUCUUCACUACUUGCAGCUCUGCAGGAUAUGUUGGCUUUUUUGAUAAUAUAAUAAGUACUAAGAGCUAUUAUAAUGCAUAUGGCAACAUGUUUGUAGAUGUUUACAGAAUAAAACAGUAAAGUUCAAAAUAAAAAAUUCUAAAAAAACAUUUGAUAUGUGAAGAUGUGAAGACAUUUUCACAGGAAAUAAAUGCUUGGAAUUAAGGUUAACUUAGUUCACUUUGUAAAAGAUCCUGAGAACCGAAUAGAAACACAGUGGGUAUUAUGAUGCCUCCCGUGACGUUCUGCUAGUUAGUACCCCUUCACACAUUUCGAUCUUUUUGUUUAUCACCACAGGAGACAUCCCAUUGUUUUUCGGUUGCCAAACUCAUUUCUCUUGCAUUGUGUAUGUGUAACAGAUAUGUGGUUUUUACAGCCCAACUGCAUGAGAGAAAAGGCUUAGCCAAGUAUCACUAAUGUAUAUUAGCAACGUGGUACUCUAAGCAUGUAUUGGCCCUUCGGUAAGUGUUUGCUGCCUUGUGUCAUUCUCCACAAAUGACUUCAAUAUGAUCAGGGAUAAUAAUAAUAAUAAUCUUUGCUUACGCCACUCCUUGCGAAAGAGAAAAAAAAAAAAAGAUUAGGAAAACUGUUCGAACAAGCCAUGAACACAAGGCAAAUAGUCAGGGAUAAACCUUGUGUUACCAUGGAGACAUCUCACUUGUUACGCCACUCACCAGGAAUCUGUUAUGUGAUUUUCAUUAUGCCUGCUUUGCUUACAAGGUUGGCUGGGUUCUAGGUAUCUAUAUUUGUCACAAUAGCUAUAUUUCACCAAGUACCCAGCAGGAAAGACUCUGCCCGAGAUAAACAUUCUCUCUUCAUUUUAUUUGUUCAAAAAGUUCUCACUUGUUAUUUUCUGUGCCACCCGGAAAGGGAUUCUUUCAUAGGUGGAAGAAGCUGGCCAAUUUCUCACUUUUUGUGCAGAGGGGGAUUGGACACUUCUUGGCACUGUGUGCUGGGUAGCACUGCUGGCGGGAGUUGGAUCAUGUAUCUCCCCGGCACUAUGGGGGCAUAUUUAUGUGACUAUUAAACUGGGUUUGGCUAUAUUUAUGUGACCAAGAUUUGGGGUUGUUAUAUAUAUAUAUUUAUUUAUAUAAAUAUGGGACUAGGCGCUCCUCCUAGCAAAAAACAACAACAACAAAGGAUCAAAAAACACCAAUUUCUGAGCUUUUGCCCAUUUUCAGAGUUCUCAUAUUCUAAGUAUGGGUGGGAUCCGUCUGAUAUGCACAUGGUAUAGGUUCUCUCUGUAAUAGCACAAGUGAACAAUAUCAUAUUUGAGACCUGAGUGGAGACUAACUGAAGUCUAUUGAGAAGACUGCGGGAGCCUCCAUAGAUAUCUUGCGAUGAUGCCGUAUUCCCUCAGCAGUCACUAGCGAUGGCUGUGGAAAGUGACAAAACUCGGCGGUGGUAGCUCCGCAUCUUGUCAAGUUUUGAAGAAAUUCUAACAAAGUCUUUAUGAGCAUUUAGCAAAGAUUUUAUGACAGAGACGCAUUAAUUGAUUUCAACUCUCACACUUAUUAUUCAAGAAGUGAAGUGGGGUUCAUAUGGUAAAUUGUUCAUGGUCUUUAAACCAAUUGUGUACCACGAUUAGGAUUUUGGCAUACCUCUGGCACUCAAGAAGUUAAAGGACCACUAUAGAAAACAUACUUGUUUUCCUGGCACUAUAGUGCCCUGAGGGUGCCCCCACCCUCAGGGUCCCCCUCCCGCCGGGCUGGAUGGAGAGGAAGGGGUUAAACUUACCUCUUUCUCCAGCGCCAGGCGGGGAGCUCUCCUCCUCCUCUCCUCCUCUUCGACUGAAUGCACAUGCGCGGCAAGAGCCACGCGCGCAUUCAGCCAGUCUCAUAGGAAAGCAUUUACAAUGCUUUCCUAUGGACGCUGGCGUCUUCUCACGGUGAAAACCACAGUGGCUGGAUCAGUGGCGUACACAUGACCCAUGGGGCCCCGGUGCGAAAAUUGAUCCGUGGCCCCCCCCCCCGCGCGUGGGCCGGGCAGCAACACAUGGCGGUGGGCACCUGGUCGCAGGGGUUACAGGGCUGCGAGCCCUGCGACCGCGGUAUGUACGCCAGUGCAUGCAGAUGCACACACACUUAAAGGACCACUCUAGGCACCCAGACCACUUUAGCUUAAUGAAGUGGUCUGGGUGCCAGGUUCAGCUAGGGUUAACCCAUUUUUUCAUAAACAUAGCAGUUUCAGAGAGCCUUCCCCUAUUUCCUCUAUUGGCUGUCUCAUUGACAGCCGCUAGAGGCGCUUGCGUGCUUCUCACUGUGAUUUUCACAGUGAGAGCACGCCAGCGUCCAUAGGAAAGCAUUAUGAAUGCUUUCCUAUGUGACCGGCUGAAUGCGCGCGCAGCUCUUGCCGCGCGUGCGCAUACAGCCGACGGGGAGGAGAAGAGGAGGAUCAGAGGAGGAGAGCUCUCCGCCCAGCGCUGGAAAAAGGUAAGUUUUACCCCUUUUCCCCUUUCCAGAGCCGGGCGGGAAGGGGGUCCCUGAGGGUGGGGGCACCCUCAGGGCACUAUAGUGCCAGGAAAACGAGUAUGUUUUCCUGGCACUAUAGUGGUCCUUUAAAGGACCACUACAGACACCCAGUUCACAUCAGCUCAAUGAAGUUGUCUGGGUGUCAGGUCCCUCUAGUUUUUACCCUGCAGCUGAAAACGUAGCAGUUUCAGCUGCUAUGUUUCACUGAGGGUUAAUCCAGCCUCUAGUGGCUGUCUCACUGACAGCCGCUAGAGGAGCACACUGAACGUCCAUAGGAAAGCAUUGAGUAAUGCUCUCCUAUAAGCGGGUUGGAUUCGUGCGCGGUCGCAUUCGGAGCUGAGAGGCUGAGGGAUCCUCAGUGCCAAGGGAACACACACACUAACACUCACUCUAACACUCACACACACUCAAACACUCACACUCACACUAACACUCACUAGCAGACACACACACUAACACUCACACUAACACUCACUAGCAGACACACACACUAACACUCACACUCACUAGCAGACACACACACUAACACUCACACACACUCACACUAACACUAGUUUUGUUUUUUUAAUGUAAUCCCCCCAGCCUCCUUACCUUUUGGAGUGCUGGGGGGAUUCCCUGGGGUCCAGUGGUGCUGCUGGGCUCCUGGGCGGGUGGUCGGGCAGGCAGGCGGCGCUUGAGGGAGCACUCAGUGCUUCCUCUUCAGCUCCCUCGCGCGCCGCGUAGGGAUGCCAGCGCCGGAAGAUGACGUCAUCUUCCGGCUUCGGUAUCAGUGCGGUGCGCGAGGGAGCUGAAGAGGAAGCACUGAGUGCUCCCUCGCGCGCCCGCCUGCCUGCCUGCCCGACUGGCCAUCCGCCUGCCCGGUGACAGCAGGGCCAGCCUCGGGGGGGCCUGGGGUGGUCGGCUCCUGGGCCUCCCAGGGGAAGAGGCUGGCCCUGUGGGUACAUACCGGGUCGCAGGUAUGUACGCCACUGGGCUGGAUUAACCCUAACAUAAACAUGUUAUGUUUAUAGAAAAAAGGGUUAACCCUAGCUGGACCUGGCUCUCAGACCACUUCAUUAAGCUGAAGUGGUCUGGGUGCCUAUAGUGGUCCUUUAAGCUCAUGCUAGAUAGUCUAUCUACCAAUAUUCAGGAUGACAUUUCGUGGACACAAGCCAUACUGCUACUCUCACCUUGGUUUAUGGAUUUAUGACCAAGAUAAAAGAUAAAUAUGAGUUCACAUGGUAUCUCAUUGUGCGAUACACACUCAAUUUCAAGUGGCUAGUUUUUAUUUGUGCCACCUGUUUUAAACACAGCUUUUGGGCAUUACAUUGGAUGAAUCUGUCUGCAGACAUUAAAUAUAGUCCUCCAACUAUUUGAUAUAUUAUAUACGUGAAAUAGAUGUUACAAAAAGAAAAAAUAUAUAUUUCUCUUUUUUGCGUUUGACGUCAAUAUUUCAAUAACCAUUUCUCUUUAAUCCUAAUGUGUAGGCACAUGUCUCCAGACACCAGUAAACAGUACAAAAAAAUGUAACCUGUUGGGCUAUUGUCAACCGGUUUAGUGUCAAUAAUGGCAGUUUGUCAGCGUGUACUGUUAGUCAAAGGAUGAUGUCAUAAGUGGAGGAGGAGUGGGAGUAAAACAGGAACAGCACCUCUGCGUGAUUUAUUAACUAACUAAGUGCUAAUUGCAAGCAUACAUCCCUACUCUGCAUCAGUUAGAAGAUAUUUGUGCACAAUAUCCCUAAGCCCUGUGCUUCAGGCACUCGGGGGUUAAUUGUCUCAGGUACAGUGUGUACCUUAGAGAACCGAUGAGUGAAAUAAUAAACAUUAAGAUAAGAUAUAUGAAAACACUACAAAAAAUGUAUUAAGAAAAAUAAAAAUUGUUAAGACUUUCCUGAAAUUAUUCCAGCUAUACAUUUUUAAAUUUUGUGGUAUUCAUAUAACAUGUAUUUUUCUUUUAUCUUUUUAUCGCAAUUAUUUUAUUUAAUUGCAUUUGAAAAACAGAUGCAAUGCAGCUCCGUAGUUUUCCUUUUAAAUGAAUGAGACUGUGAAAUAAUUGUAUAAACAAAAUUAGUAUAGGGCAUUUCUGUGUAAAUUAACAUAAUUUGCAGGGUUUAUUUUUUUAAUUUUGGUAAUUUGAUCUGGUUAUUUUUUUUUCGUUUUAAGAUUUUGCACUUACAUAUUUUUUAAAAACAUAUAUUCAUUAUAUAAAAAAAGAACAGUACAUAGUACUUGAUGGACGCAAGUCUCUUUUCAGCUAUGUAACUAUGUAAUAUCAGAAAAUACAGGGAUUUAUUUCACUGAAUUGUAGUAAAUAAACUCUGAUUUUCAAAAUUAACCCCUUAAGGACGGCGGGCAUGCUAUGCCAUCCUUGGGGACCUGGUUCUAAACGCCAGGGGGUGGCAUAUCAUGUCCCCACCGUCCUUUCUACUUACCCGGUCGCCGGCAAUCGCGUUGUGGGGACGCACCUGGCAUCCUAGGGAGUCCCCCUCCUUCCGUUCCGUAGAAUGAUAUUGAUUAAGUAUAUAUAAUGAUAUACAGAUAUAUAUAUUUAUAUAUAAUAUCAAAUAAAUAUGUAUGUAAAUACGUUAACCCCUUAAGGACUGAGCCAAAUGUACACGUUGUGAACAAAACAAAACUUAAACAAAACCUGGCAAUUGCGCUACAUGUCUGUCCAACCGUAAUACACCUCUUUCAUAUUAAAUGCACCCACCCUUAUUAUAUAUCAUUUUAUUCAGGGGAAACAGGGCUUUCAUUUAAUAUCCAAUAUUUAGCUGUGAAAGAUAAUUUAAUAUGAAAAAAAUGGGAGAAUAUAGGAUUUUAUUUAAUUUUUUUAGUUCUACAUGACAUUUUAACUGUCAAUGUCAUAAUACUGUUUGCUUUUACUGCAAUAAAAUACACAUAUUUGUAUUCAGCAAAGUCUCACGUGUAAAACAGUACCCCUCAUGUACAGGUUUUAUGGUGUUUUGGGAACUAACAUGGUCAAAUAUAGCACGUUACAUUUGAAAUUGAAAUUCGCCAGAUUGGUUACGUUGCCUUUGAGACUGUAUAGUAGCCCAGGAAUUAAAUUUACACCCAUAAUGGCAUACCAUUUGCAAUACCUUGAGUUGUCUACUAUUGCAAAUGGUAUGCCAUCAUAGGAGUAAUUUUCAUUCUUGGGCUACCAUAGGGUCUCAAAGGCAACGUAACCAAUCUGGCGAAUUUUAAUGUGAAAAAACUGAAACGCAAGCCUUAUAUUUGACGCUGUAACUUUUGAAAACACCAUAAAACCUGUACAUGAGGGGUACUGUUGUAUUCGGGAGACUUCGCUGAACACAAAUAUUUGUGUUUCAAAACAGUAAAAAGUAUCAGCAAUAAUAUCGUCCGUGUAAGUGCUGUUUGUGUGUGAAAAAUGCGGUACCAGUCAUCAGGUACACAGCUAGAAAAAUAACCUGGCCAAGAGAAGAGCUGGUCAUCUUGGAUGUCACGACACUGAAACUACUCACUAUGAAUGUAGGAUUCCACCUGAAAUCUAGCACCCAGAGACUGUACACCAGCCAGAAGACAGGAGGUCAGGGCCUGAUGAGUAUCAAGGCUACAUUCCUGGAUGAAACACAAAGCAUUCAUAAAUACAUCACUACAAUGGCCCCCAAACAUAAACUGCUAAGGGAAUGCCUAAGACAACAGACAGAGAAUGCAGAAAAGGAGGAGCUUCCGUGGCAAAACAGACCACUCCAUGGGUUGUACCACCAGCAGAUAGUGGAUGUGGCUCAGAUGACAAAAUACUACUAGUGGUUGGAAAAAGCUGGACUGAUUGACAGCACUGAGGCAUUAAUCGUAGCAGUACAAGAACAGACACUCAGCACCAGAUCAAUAAAAGCAGGGGUCUACCACACCAGGCAAUAUUUAAGGUGCAGACUGUCCAAAGAGGCAUCUGAGACAAUCACAUAAACUGGGAUUAUACCAUCCGUGCAUUAUCCAGCAGAGCUCUUAUUUAGCUCUGGAACACGUGAGUCUAUUACCACCACCAGCGCAUAUAUAUCUGAAUUUACUUGUACUGUAUUAUACUAUUUUUUUUAUGCUUAAUUUUUUUCAGGUCAUUUAUAUUUAAAAUAUUCUGUAAGGUAUACAGUCUACUGUUAAACUUUAUUGCAUUUGGCGCUGUGUUUCUCUUGUUCUAUUGUAUCUAUAUUCUGUUUUGCGUAUAGAGGUUUGGGAAUUCCUUUAUUAUUCACUGCUGCCACUUCUGUUUAUUAUAGUGAGCGCCUAUAAAUCCCAUUUUUUUAAGCACAAGUACUGGCCAACCAAUCUGACACUGUUGUGGUAGACAAGAAACAGAAAAAUGCAGUCAUGGUGAAUGUAGCAAUAUCCAGUGACUAUAGCAUCCAGAAGAAGGAACAUGAGAAGAUGGACAAAUACCAAGGACUGAAAGAAGAGCUAGAAAGGAUAUAGAAAGUGAAGGCAGUAGUAGUCCCAGAUGUGAAAAGAGCACUCAAGGCUGUGACGCCAAAGUUGUGGGAGUGGAUUCAACAGAUUCUAGGUGGAACACCUGAGAUCGCUGUCCGAAUAUUGCAGUUCUACAAGAUACUGCGUAGAACCCUCAGACUCCCAUGCCUCCAGUACAGGACCCAAUAAUGAGAAAUAAAUAUGCCACCCAAAGUUAUAUAUGUAUAUACUUGUGUAUAAACUACACACAAACUAUAAGCUGCUAACUGUCUGCACUGCUCAACUUCAUAAAUGUAAUAAUUAAAUCCCAAACACAAAGCAUGGUGGGCUCUGUGCUCCAUGUCUGCUUGGAGUAUGCAGUUAUCAACCUAUUUUGGGAGGCAGUUCACUCCACUUUGAGGCAUAUAGUGGGAGACUCCAUGCUGCUACUACACCCCAUCAUACUUUGACCCCUAUUUCCUGUUUAAAAAAAAAUAAAAUCACUAACCAAGCAGUAGCUCAAUGCGGCUAAACUCUCGAUCCCUGUCUUCUGGAGGCAGAGAGGAACUCCAACACUUCAUAAGUGGACUGUCAGAGUUGAGGAGAUUAGAUAAGUGGGAGCUUUAACAGCUUCCUUACAUGGAAGGUCUCAUAAACGUAAUGCUUUUUGGCUUUCCUGGCUGGAUUUUGUGUUUAGAAUGGAGCAUCUGGGUUGAACAUAAUCUUUGAGUGUUUGAGGUGUUCCAAAUGGGACCAUUCUCCCUUAACUAUUUUUACCCCUCUAUUUUCUCUCUUUUGUUCAGUGCUGCUUUUCUCCUCUUCCUCCCGCACUCCCAUUUGCCCACUCCUCUCUUCCUGACACCCAUACCACAUGGUGUACAAUACAUGAAGUGUAACUUAAGCAGAUGGACAAUAUCUGUGUUUCACUUCUUUAUGCAUCACUUCUUUAUGCAUGCUCAAAUGCGGUAUAUAUGACUUUGAUUCUUUUUUGCAAUAUACAUUUUACUCAGCUAGUUAUUUGACUGUACCUAACCUUUUAAAUCCCUUGAUGUCAGGGCAUUGGUAAGGAGGAAUGCAAGUACAUCCCUGGGUGACCUAAAACAUAUAUGAGACCCGAGGAGGGACUGAAGAGUAUACUAUGCUUUUGCCUGUUCUUAAAAAUUCUGUCCUUGGAUUCUUUGCAUAUGUCUAGCAUCGCCCCAAGUUAAAAGGCUAAUCCAGACAUGGACUUCUUUUAACUAUGUCUGAAAUGUUAUGAACUACACCGUGAUUCUGAUUUUGGAAAAAAAAACGUGUCUCAAUUUUGGGCUGUUUUCAUGUUGUUUAAAAGAAUUUCCUGUAUUAUGUUUUUUUUUUGUAUUAAUUAUGAUUGCUUGUUUUCCAAUGCUCUGUAACUUUGUAUUUAAAUGGAUAUUAUCAUAUGCUUAAGGACUAGUCUAUGGUCCUGUGAGCAUAGUAGGAAAGAGAGCCGUACGUGCUUUUGUAAAGCCAGUAGUUGGAAGCAGGACAGGUUGAGGUGUUGAUAUCUGCCUGGAAGGAGGAGGCAGAUAGACUUGCGUACUGAGAGCUGCUGGGAGAGUUAUAGCAGGACCAUGGUUUCAUGGAGGAGCCCUGUCUGAGGUGGCAGACCAGGGCCGGACUGGCCCACCGGGAGACACCUGGGUCUGCUGGCGGCCUCUGGGGAGGUCUUCUGGUGGCCGCUGGGGGAGCUGCGCUGGCUCUGCUCCCCAGCGCGCAGCUGAAUGAGACCAGCGCCGGAAUAUGACGCCAUAUUCCGGCGCCGGUCUCAUUCAGCAGCGCGCGAGGGCAGGAGAGCCAGCGCAGCUCCCCCAGCGGCCACCAGAAGAUCUCCCCAGCGGCCGCCAGUACAAGUCCCCCAGCGGCCGCCAGCAGACCUCCCCCUGGCAGGUAUUAGUAAUGUGUCAGUGUGAGUUUGUCUGUCUGUCUGUGUCAUGGUGUCUGUAUGUUGUGUGUUUGUCUGUAUCGUUUGUGUGUGUGUCAUGGUGUCUGUCUGUAUGGUAUGUGUGUGUGUCUGUCUGUGUCAUGGUGUGUGUGUGUGUCUGCCCGUCAUGGGGUGUGUGUCUGUCCGUCAUGGGGUGUGUGUCUGUCUGUCCGUCAUGGGGUGUGUGUCUGCCUGUCCGUCAUGGGGUGUGUGUCUGCCUGUCCGUCAUGGGGUGUGUGUCUGUCUGUCCGUCAUGGGGUGUGUGUCUGUCUGUCCGUCAUGGGGGGUGUGUGUGUCUGUCCGUCAUGGGGGGUGUGUGUGUCUGUCCGUCAUGGGGGGUGUGUGUGUCUGUCCGUCAUGGGGUGUGUGCCUGUCUGUGUCAUGGUGUGUGUGCCUGUCUGUGUCAUGGUGUGUGUGCCUGUCUGUGUCAUGGUGUGUGUGCCUGUCUGUGUCAUGGUGUGUGUGUGCCUGUCUGUGUCAUGGUGUGUGUGUGUCUGUCUGUGUCAUGGUGUGUGUGUGUGUGUCUGUGUCAUGGUCUGUCAUGGUGUGUGUAUCUGUCAUGGUAUAUGUGUGUUUCUGUGUCUGUCAUGGUGUAUAUGUGUGUUUAAAAAUAGUGUUUUUGCUCACCUUUUUUUUCCCCACAAAGCGUGCUGGUCUCCCCUCAACUGGCCCUGCCCCUAUAGCUGAGAUCAUCAAGCUUGAUGAUCUCAGCCAAUCCAAUGCUUUGCCAUAGGAUUGGCUGCAAAACACCACUCCAAUCAGCAUCUCCUCAUAGAGAUGCAUUGAAUCAAUGUAUCUCUAUGGGGAACGUUCAGCACCUACAGAGUGUGGAGGCCCUAAAUGUAGGUGCACUAACACAGGAAGCACCUCUAGUGACCGUCUGAGUGACUGUCACUAGCAGUGUCACUUUGAAGCAAUGUAAACACUGCCUUUUCUCUGAAAAGUCAGUGUUUACGUUGAAAAGCCUGUAGGGACAUGCUAUAGACACCAGUACCACUACAUUAAGCUGUGUGUGUGCGUCUGCUAGUGAGUGAGCUUGCUUGCAUGCGUGUGCCUGCUAGUGAGUGAGCUUGUGUUUUUAUGUCAAUGAGCUGAUGUAUAUAAGUGAGAUUGUUUGUCUAUGAGGCUGUGUAUCAAUGAGCUUGUGUGUGUCAUUGAGAUGUCAGUGAAAUUGCCUGUGUCUGCAUGUGAGUAUGCUUACUGUAGACUUAAACGUUUUACCCUGAAAGGACCAAUAUUUUAUAUUAGAAAAAGCAAUAUAUAUAUAUACAUAUAUAUAUAUAUUACUCAAUCAUCUGUCAUGGCAAGACAUAGCCUUACAUAUUACACGCGACAAUAUAUGGCGCAGUGACUUAUGGGGCUGGCACAAAUUUUUUUUCCAGGGCUUCUUUGUAUCCCCAGGCCGGCCCUGUGGCAGACCCACAUUCCAGGUGGCGUUUCAGUCACAUCUGCAAAUACGUUUUGAGACCUGAUUGGGGACUUCCGGAACUGCACUCUACACAUACACGUGUUCUCUCAAAAUUUGGUUUUAGACCCGGAUAAUUCUCUUUGUCCUGAUUUUCGUAUAUGUGAGAUCAGACAUGGGAAAUAUAGUUUCAAUUGGUAAGUGUUUUUGAACUUGGAUCCAAAGAUCUUUUGUACAUCAUCUAAGUAUUAAGAAUUCACAUAGACUACAAAUCUACCAGUGCAUCCACAUAUGGGCUAUUUGAGACCCAUCAGAUUACAAAUUUAUACCCAUAUGUGCAAUUGCCAUCGUCUGCCAUUUCAGUAGCUUGUGCAUGCAGAACCAAGCUGCUUAGUGAAUCUUAUUAGACACUUCCUUUUUUCUGCCUGGGCAGGGGGCCAGACAAUUUUUUUUAUUUUAUUUUUUUAAACAAGACUAAACCUCUGUCAUCAAGAACAAAUUUACCCAGGCCAUUGAAAAUGACAUGAAAAGGGACCUUUUUCAUUUGGCUAAGAAAGCAGAGCCUUAAGGAAUCUGCACUUUAGCAUUUGAAUAACAUUAACCAGGGGAAUACAAAUUUAUAACUAUUGUUGCAGAACAAAGAUCUGCUGUUUUAAGACAUUUUAACUGCUGUGGAUCAAGGGUUCAUUUAAAAUCAUUGCAUACUUUGUCAGUGAGUUUAUUGGUUUUUAAAUUGCAAAACAUUAUUUAAAAUUAUUUAUCGUGGACAACAUUGUAUUCACUAUUUUAGUCCAGAGAAAUAGGAAGCAGACAAAAUAUCUAACGGGGUGAACAAGGUGAGGCAAAAUAAUGUAUUGUUCGCUCCUCUGGCAUUCGGAUUGUUAAAUUCCGAAUGAUGUGCAAAGGCAUGCUAAGGGCCCAGGGAGGUUUAUUGUAACCAAGAAUGCUGUGAAUGAUACAUUCAUAGAAAAAAUGUGAAUCUGUUAUUGACAAUGAUGGGUGGUUUUGAAUUCCCCAAAUAGGGCCAAAUUAUGCUUUUUAAGAAAAGAGAGUUUAGUAUUGGUGUUUCUAAUAAGAGAAAACUUGAGUAUGGUAAUCCUAACUUGACAAUCGGAGAAUAGGCAUCUGGGUGUUUACCUGGCCAAGUUUAGUGGCUAAACGAUUUAGACAACUUGUCUAGCUACAAGAAAAGUGGAGAAUGGCAACCAGGCAUCAUGUAAUAUGAGUGAGUUUCUAUAUUAUCCGGUGAAAAAUUAGAUUGUUCAUACUUUCAAUUGUUGGAAACAAUCCGAUAAUUUGAAAUUGUACAUUAAAUAUCCCAAUAGGAAAGAUUAUUUCACUUAUUUAUUUAGCUAGCAUUAAUAUUUUGGUUUAAAACAUGAAAUUCUCUGGUUAAAUGGACACUAGACCCCUAAAGCACUACAGCUUGCUAAAGUGCUCUGUGUGUAAAGAGUGUGCCCCUUUUUUGUUUUUGUAAGUGUAGAUGUAAUUUUAUUUAUUUUUAAAGGCAAUUUUAAUAACCUGAUUAUACCCCUGGCUGUCAGUCAGACAACAGGGGGUCCUGUUACCUUCUGUUUUGGUUAGCUCAGUGCAGCUUAACUCAUUAGGCAGAAAUUACACAGAGCACAUGCCUUGCAAAGACAUCCAAUUGAGCUGCUUUGGAAAGUCUGUGAUUGGACAGCCACAGAAAGCUUAGAAGAAGUGCGGGGUUAGAAGAAGAGGGCUUGCAAAGGCAGCAAAUAAACUUUUUUUUAGAUAUAUCCCUGUGAAAAAAUGUAUAAUUAAAUGCAUGCCUGUUCUGAUUGGAACUAUAUCUACUAAAUAGUAGUUUUAAGUUAUUCUUUUUUUUUUUUAAUUUGGGCAGUGAACGGUCCCUUUAAAGGAACAUAACACAUUCAUUGAAAUUAAGUGAUGAUUGUAUCAUUGAUGAUAGUAUAUCAGUGUGUUUGUAUGGGUUACUGUGUGACUGUCAGUAUGUGCAUUAGUGUGUUGUUAUAGUACGAGUGUCAUGCAUUAUGACCUUAUGACCUUGCUAUGCAUCUAGAUGAUGUCCUUCUGUGCCCCAGAAGCUCACCACUCCCUACAUCCUGGUGAUCUGGUAGAAAAGCACUGGUGAAGCGCUCUGCAAUCACCUUAAUGCCUUGUGUAUACCCAGCACAAGCAUGUCUGCUUUGCUAAUUGUGAAGAGUUCCCUGGUGUCACCCCAUGCAGAACACCUGGAAACAGACCCAGGAAGGUGGGACAAGACCCUUGAACCUAGGGCAGCUGGGAGGUGUGCCGAAAGCAGCAAAUGUAAAUCACCCUGUAAUUAUUGUUCUCCAAUGAUUGCAGAAACUGCUCUGCUUUUGGUUUCACUGGGCCUGUGCCGUUUUAAACUCGGCUAAGAGAGUACUCUAUCUGGCGUAUAGAUCAGUGUCAGCAUCAGAUAUGAUUAAUGUGCAAACAGCCAUUGCUUAGCAACAGUGUAAAUGUCAGGGUUGAAAUAUGCCCCUUUCUACUUGGUUCCUAACAUGUGGACAGCGUUAAUAUAUUCAGAGGUUUCAUUUGCAUUUUCCUUAGGUCUAUUAUAAAAAAUGUGUUUAAAAUUAUAUAUGAUUAUUGAGGUAUCAACAGCAAAGGUCUGUGCUAAUGUGGAAGAAGGACAGCAUGUUGGCAAUUAUAAGGUUCUAACUGUUUUAGUAUUUAUGCACUGCCAACGUAUUCCACAAAAUUAAACAUAGGGUUCAGUUCACUAAAAAGCGAGUUAUCAAGUGUCUUGCAAAAUGUAAAAAAAAGUUAGAUUAGAAAAAAGAAAAUAUCUCUAAGGCGGGCUGUCGUGGUUAUAUUGUAUUAAGUGUUCUUUAAGGAAUCUGAUUCACUUGUGAUUAGUCUUCUGUUUCUCACGUUCUAUCAACGUGUGCCCAUUGAGAUAAACAGGGCACCUGAUUUACUUUUAAUGCAAUGUAGAAAGGAACACCAGCCGGGUGGGCAUCCCAAACGGUUUAUCCCAUGAGGGUAUGACGUGCAGAGAGGCUCCUGGCUUCCUAGCAACUUAAAUGAGCUUACUUUUUUUAUGGAGGUUAUGGCAUGUUCCUUUACAUUUACUACUUGGAGCAGUCCAAAUUUCAGCUUAAAGGGACACUAUAGUCACCAAAACAACUUUAGCUUAAUGAAGCAGUUUUGGUGUAUAGAAUAUGCCCCUGCAGCCUCACUGCUCAAUUCUCUGCCAUUUAGGAGUUACAUCACUUUGUUUAAGAACCCUAAUCACACCUCCCUGUAUGUGACUUGCACAGCCUUCCUAAACACUUCCUGUAAAGACUCAUCUAAAGUUUAUCCUUUCUUUAUUGCAAGUUAUGUUUUAGAUUUUCUUAUCCCCUGCUAUGUUAAAAGCUUGCUAGGCCCUGCAAGAGCCUCCUGUAUGUGAUUAAAGUUCAAUUUACAGAGCAAGAGAAAAAAUUGUUUAAAGUAAAUUACAUCUGAUUGAAAGUGAAACCAGUUUUUUUUUUUUUUUUUUCAUGCAGUCUGUGCCAAUCAUAGCCAGGGGAGAUGUGACAAGGGCUGCAUAAACAGAAACAAAGUGAGUUAACUCCUAAAUGAUAGUGAAUUGAGCAGUAAAACCUGAGAGGCAUGAUCUAUACACUAAAACUACUUCAUUAAGCUAAAGUUGUUUAGGUGACUAUAGUGUUUAAAAUACUUGAAAAUGACCAGCUAAAUAGUAUGUAUUACAAUGUUUUACACUAAAUCAAGGGACAAGGGUGCUUGCAGCAAGCUAGGGCUUCAGGCAGGGCCCGGACUGGCCAUCAUGCAAACCGGUCAAAUGCCCGGUGGGCCGCGAUGGCCACGAUGGGCCGCGAUGGCCACGGGUAGAGGCUGGCCGGUCAAUGCAGAGCCGGCGCUAUCCGAGCGCCAGCUCUGCUGUGUUCUAUGAUGGGCCAGUGGGGAGAUCAAAGAUCUCCCUUACCAGCCCACAUGCAGUGAAACGCAGACACUGGCGGGGGAGAGAGGGAGGGAGACAGCCAGGAGAGGAACCUGGAGGAGCUCUAACUUGCAGCUCCGCUGGGUUUCUCUCGCGAGAUCCGGACCAUUGGCAACAGUCAGGGUCUCGCGAGAGUAAACUCUAGCCAGUGGGAACUCACCACUAGCAACUGGUUGGAACUCACCGCAGGACGACCCCCCCUUCCAGGCUACAGGUAAGAAGGGAGGGCGGUAUAAUGCUUGUUUUUUUUUUAUUAUUAUAAAAAAAAAAAAUACAUACAUUUUGGCAUUUACCUGACUCCCCCAACACACAAUCCUUCCAAACACACACAUCACCCUCACAAAGCACCCUAACACACACAUCACCCUCACACAGCAUCCUAACACACACAUCACCCACACACACACACACACACACACACACACAGCACCCUAACACACACACAUCACCCUAACACACACACACACACAUCACCCUAACACAGCAUCCUAACACACACACACACAUCACCCUAACACAGCACCCUAACACACACACACAGCACCCUCACUCACACAGCACCCUCACUCACACAUCACCUUAACACAUACAUCACCCUCACACAGCACCCUAACACACACAUCGCACUAACACACACACAGAACCCUCACACAGCACCCUAACACACACACAGCACCCACACACUGCACUCCUUACACACACACACACACACAUCACCCUCAAACACACAUACUGCACCCCCCCACACAGCACCCUCACACACACACUAUACUCCUCACAAAUGCACACUACACUCUUCACACACACACUGCAGCCCCCAAACAUGCUGCAAAACACACACAAUAUUUUCAAACAUAUAUGUAUAUAUACUUCAGAACCCCUCACACACAUACUGCACCCCUAAACACAUUAUAUUCCAAACAAACACUAGAUUCCUUACCCAACUCUGGAUCAUCUACAGAUAUACACACACUAGAUCUCUAUAUACACUCUGAAUCCUCUACAUACACACACACACACACUCACUAGAUCUCCAAUACACACUCUGGGUCCUUCAAACAUACACUAGAUCCCCUACACAGACACUGCACCACCUGCACACAAACACUACAUUUCUGACAUACACACUCUGGAUCCCCUAUGCACACACUAGAUUCCAUGUAAGCAAACACGUAGUGUCUCCAUAAAUGGGAUACAGUGAGAACAAGUUUCAAGCAAACACAAUGCAAGCAUGUUAUUAAAUUUGCUUACGCUGUGCAGAACAAAUACAGGACCCUUUUCUCAUGCCCUGGAAGAGCAUUGAACCAGCAUGCUCACUUUGAGAUGAGGUGUGCUUGUCAUUGAGGAUGACAAAACACACCCUAUCUGGCCCUGCCCCCUUUUAAGUGGGCCGCUGUGAAUAAAAAAUGCCCGAGUCGAAUUUUAUUCCCAGUCCGGCCCUUGCUUCAAGUCAAAUUAUUUUGUCCGAAUUAUAAAAUUCAUAUGUCAGUUCUCCCCAGUUCCCAGUCUAGUGACAAGGUCCCCACAAAUGGUAAAAGGUGGUUCUCUCCUAAUGCUGUUUUAAACAGCCUCUGAUUUCUUAAUUUCUUCAAUUCUAUGUCAGUCUAUGUCAAUUUAAUCUGGCCUUUAAAUUCAUACCAGUAUAUCACAAUAUGAAAUGAAGAUUUAGAAUAGGUUUUUUCCUCUGUCAUAUUUCCGCAUGCAAUUAUUUUCCAAACAUCUUGAUCUUUUACGAAUUACGAAUUCUGCCAAUACUGGGGGGAUGGGCUGCAGUAUUCCCCAAAGAAAAGGAGAUAGUGCCAAUUUCUCCCACACACAAAUUUGCAAUCUGUACCAUGCAUCAUUUAUGACAGUUGCCUGGAUGGCAAAUUAAAUGUCUAAUAUUGACACUAGUUAGACUACAAUCCAUUGGACGUCUUUAAUAAGUAAUGGUGAUUGGUGACAUUAGUAAUGCGCCCUUGAAUUUCUCUAAGUGUUUUGUUUUACCGUGUCUUAGCCAGAUCAAAUAACCUGUGCUUCACAGACAAAUCUGGUUUCAAGUUAUACAGGCAUCAUGGCUAUAAGAGAGCAGAAAAUAGAGAGACGGAAUUGUGGAUCUUCUUGUUUUAAUACAGUAUUGUAUGCAGUGAACACACACACACAUCCAAAGUCACUUUUUUUCCAUACAAACCGUUACUGUUUUAGUAGUACAGUUGCCUGUCUAAAAUGGACCAAAACUGUGUCCCCAUGCUGUUUUCUGUGGGCUCCCAAUGGUUGGAACAAGCACAUCUUAAUCAUCAGGCACCAUGCAAUUGCUUACAAAAGUUUACUUUUCCUUUCUUACACUGGGAAAAGUCAAACCAAUUUAAUUAGAACAGUUAUACAUACUGCAUAACAUUUAAAGAAUGGGUCUUUAAACUUCUUUUUCAGUUUAAGAAUGGAUUUCCAUGCGUCAUUUGUGUCCUGUGGGUGGGUGCAGGGCCGGUGCUAGACUAUUUUACGCUUAGGCGAGAUCAGUUACUUGCACACCCCCCAACAAACAAAAAAAAUCCAACUUUGUGUGUCACAUCCUCCCCUCAACCCCUUUGUGUGUCUUUCCCCCAGCCCCUUUACGUGUCUCUUUUUCCCAUUCCCCAGACCUGUGUGUGUGUGUGUCAUUGUCCCCUUCCCCAGUGCCUCUGUGUGCCUCUUUUUCCAUCCUCAGCCCCUCUGUGUUUGUCAUUGUCCCUUUCCCCAACCCCUCUGUAUGCCUCUUCCCCCCCUCAGCCCAUCUGAGUGCCAAUUUGUCCACCCAGCCCCUCUGUGUUCUGCCUAAUCUGUCCAUCCAUACCCUCCCAGCCCUUUGUGGGCUCUCCCCCUCCUGUGCCUGCUGUCCUCCCACCAUGUAGCAUAGCCAAGUGGACUGCAGUGAAGGAUCCUUCUGUAUCCUCUAUCUGGUCUGACAGAAAGCUGCUCAUUGCUCCCAGCAAGCACUUCCUGUCAGAAGGGGUUAAGGAUACAGAUCCUCUACUGUGGUCCACUCGGCCACACUACAUAGUGUGAUGGGCAGGAGGGGGAGCGCUGUGCAGUGCACUCCCCUCCUGCUGGUAUCCAAGACAUUGCACCUUGGGUGGCUGCCUCAUUUGCCUAGUGGUAGUGCCGACCCUAAGUGGGUGACUGAUGGGACAGUCCAAGCUGGGUAAUCUUUUAGGCAUUUUAACAGAAUCAGGGCCAACUGGCACAUUAAAAGAACAAUCUAAGCACAAGAAUAACUACAGUAGUCAUUUUUUUUUUUUAAUGAUUCAACAUCUUACCUAAAGGUCCACACCCCAUGUCUAGUCAGAAGCUCUCAGUUUAGCUCAUCUGCUGAGAGUGAUCAGACAAUGCUCUCAGCUAAUGAGCUGGCCCUAUGUUGGCCAGUGUAUGGCAUUUUUGAAAGCUGAGAGGAGAUAAGGAACAGCACCCAGUGGACCCCAGGUAAGAAGUCAACCUAUUCAAAAUGGUUUGACUCCUGGUAAUAAAGGGUUAGGGGGAGCAGCAGCACACUGUAGUGGUUUUAGUGCUUGAGGGGCUCCUUUAAGACACAAAAUCAGGAGUGCAGGAACAAAUGGAUAUAGGAAAAAAAUAAAUACAACAUCCAUUCUUGGAGGUCACCUACAGUGGACAGGCCAGCUAACCCGAUUCUCGAUUAAACAUGGCAUUGUCCAAUUUGUUUAAAUUAAUGAUAGAUAGAUAGAUAGAGAUCUCUUACCUGUACUAUUCUCUACCACACCCUUUCUCACAGGACGGUAUGAGUUCAUGGUGGGUUUUGCCUGUUUACUCAGACUUGCUUAUAAAAUAGUGUCUGAUUUAAAACUGAGGCAGGUGUGUCAACUGGAUUAUGAACUAACCCAUUAGUCACAGGGCAAAAUAGUUCUGUGCUGCAAGGCAUUCUUAAAGCUACUGUCACUUUCAGGAGUUUUAUGUAUGUUGCGGAGACCCCUGAAGGUGACAUCUUCGCCUUGUGUGUGGCAGCCGAGGGUUAAAGCGUAAGGUAGAUAGAUACUUACCUGAAACUACUUAUUUUCGGAGCUGCCAUGAGUUUCUUCAAUUCCUGGCACUUCUUCUACUGCAUUACUGCGGUACUCUUGUGCAUGUGCCAGAACACAACAGAAUCUGGGACCACAUGAACUUUCAAAGACCAACUUGAACAAUGUGCACCUACUAACCUGGACAAUACUCAUAAGUCAAAGAAGUCCCUGAUUUGUCUUACAUCUCCUGAUUGCUUGAGAAUUUCAGUGAAAUUCCAAUGCAGCUUCAAUAAGUAUUCCUGAAUGAUUGUAUCUUUAUGGAAUAGUCAUAAAGUGGCCAGAGAUGACAAAGAGACUUUAAAAGGCACUCUCGCAACAUCAGCCUAUAUUUUCUUCAAUCCUAUAGCUCUCUCGCAUUUCCUGGUUCUAGAACAUUUUUUGAUCACAUGUAAUUUCAAGUAUUCCCGUGUGCCAUCCAAAAGUGUUUCUGUCAAUGAAUCACAUGGAUGGCUAGUACAGCUACUAAGUAAAUAUUAACAAGGGAUUCAUGUUGAAUUCAGAAUACAUCUAAUGAACUAUUCAUGCAUAAUUAAAAUUAGAAAUAAAUUACAAUAUUAUUACCUGUUGGUUUUUUUCCAAAUAAGAAAAUACUUCUUAAAGGAAUACACCAGGAACCAAAAACACUUCAUCUCUUUGGUUUUAUUUUCUUAUUGUGAACUAUUUUCAGUUUUUUAGAUGAAGUGAUAAAUAUACAUUUCCUUUUUUAUUUUUCAUAAUUACAUUAACAGUCAAUUCUAAGACAGAAAUAUAGCCAAGCUAAUACACGAACAUUGUACUUUGAAAAACUUGGAUUAAGUGAUGUCUUUCGAGUAAAACAUACAACAUAAUAUCGGUUUUCUGAAACUGAGGGUACUUUCAUUAAACAGCGUGUUGCGAGUUUAAGAUUUAUCUUCAAAACCUUAGCAGUUGGAUCUUAUCUACAAGCAGAAUCUAUGUUUUGAUGCACAUUCCGUUUUGGCCAAGGUCAACAUUACCUGUCAAACUGGAUCUUUGUUGGAAACAAAGCACCCAGGUAUACAUGUUUAGAGACAGGCAAAGGCUCACAAUGUUUGCCUGCUGAUUUUCUCCUGCUAUUUUUAUCUGCAGCCACAAAACCCUGGCAUACUAGUGGCUCAGGAGGCAGAUGCCCACUUUACCAGCUCUCCCAUGAGAGAGAGAGAGAAAGACAUGGAGAGGGUGCAUGGGGUGAAAGGGUUUAGAAAGACAGUGCAAGGGGAAACCUUUUUUUAAAGCCGCUAAAAGAAUGUUAAAGAAAAGGUUCCAUGUAAUUAAAUUCUAUCAGUGCAGAUCCUUCUCUUUCGUUUUAAUUAGCAAUUUAUUCCUGUUGGCAAUCCGUGAACCUGUUAAACUGGUUUGUAAACCAAACGGAAAACAUUUCCCAUAUCUUCUACUGAAUAGCAGCCAAUCUGACAACAAGCAAAUCUUCUAAGUCUCAUAAAUAAUUGUCCGAGUACAUGGCCUCAGUUAAGAUUGCGAAAGGAGAAAUUAGAAAUCUCUAAAGGCGUAUUAUUGUGUGUUUUGUUUUUCCUUUAUAACAUUCUCAAUACCUGCUUAAUUUCUUUAUAUAUUUAUUAAUACGUUUCAUCCACCAAAUGUUUUACAGAAACCAUCUUUAUAUCAACUAAUACAGCUUCGUAUGUUCUGGUACUGUUCUAGAUGUUACCUUUCUUUUCUCUGUUUCAGAGCAAUGUUUACAUUUGGCUGAAUUUUUUUUUUCAAAUGUCUUCACUUUCUGCUUUAUCAAGUGCAGCAUGAUUAAGCUAAACACCUUUAAUGCUUGUUAUACAGAAGCAUUGGAGUCCGUGCUUCUCUCUGAGAAGCAUUUUGAUUGACCUAGUACAAGGGUAGGUGGCCUUCAGCACUCCAGAUGUUGUGGACUACAUCUCCCCUGAUGCUUGGCCAGCAUACUAGCUAUAAGAGCAUUAUGGGAGAUGUAGUCCAAAACAUCUGGAGUUCCAAAGGUUGGCUACCCCUGGCUUAAACAUUGAUUGCUGCACAUGUAUCCUGUAUACUUCUCCAAAAGAGGCACUAGAUUAGACAAAGAGCAUCUUCACUGAUCUCACAAAAUGGGUAUCAGAGAUAAAAACGUCAUGCUCUUGCAUUACAGGUAAAUGUAUUUGUUUUUUUUAACAAAGAGGGAUCUAAAUUAAACAUAGUAAGGGACACAUUUAUUUGCAAAGUGAAAUGGUUCUUUUAACAAUGCAAGGACUUGGGAUAUACAUCAUCAAACCCAUACAUUUCAGUCUGCAAUAACCUGCAAAUAGUUUGUAGUUAUCAUUUAUUGUAAAGUUAUAAAUGUUGGAUACAUUAUUAUUUAACGUGUACAGUCAUCAACAUGGAGAGAACCAGUACUCGAACUCUAUGCCUCUUUGUAGCUUCCAGUUUAUAUUGUGUGGUAAGGGGUCAUUUGUUUCCCUAGCCUCCACGGCAACGCAGCUGCUUAGAUUGGACAUUGAGGCAGAUCAAAGAAAAUCAGAGUUCUCAAACCUAGCUUUGAACUUGCAGAGGACCAAUAAACAGCUUACGUUUUCUUCAAGAGGUACCACUAGAGUCAGAUUGUCCUGGUGCCCUUUGUAGUAAGCUCUCCAAAUAGCUUUCCCUCCAGGCAGGUCACACAAGUAAUGAACGUGAGAAAACAUUGACGUAAUCCACAUUAAAGGAAAAGGGGAAAAAAAGUACAAUUAAUGGAUUACUUAUCGGUGUAUGUUUUCUCUGCACAGCGUCCAUGUACUCUGAGAUUCAGAGGGAAUCGCCCGACAUCGGAAGUAUUUUGGCACAUCCCGAUUACUUGGAAGGAAACCCGGAGCUUAUCAAGCCCAAAAAACUAGUUAAUCCAGUAAAAGCAUCGAGAAGUCAUCAGGAGCUCCAUCGAGAACUGCUAAUGAACCACAGAAGGUCAGAAUAUUAUUAUUUACCACAAAUCACAGUAGCUGUACUUUUACACAGGAGCCUGGUCGGCUGUGAGUUUUCACUUGUCGGCUUAGAAUGUGAAGCUAACCCUUUGCGUGUCGGUGAUACAUCAAUGGUGCACCCUCUUGACAGGCAUAUAUUAUUGAAACAUAUCCCUGCCACAAUCUUACCCAUUCCAGGCCCAAUUUAUAUUAAGCAAAUAUGGGGGGUUAUUAUGAUUAUUAUUGCCAUUUAUAUAGCGCCAACAGAUUCCGUAGUGCUUUACAAUUUUAUAAGAGGGGGGAUUUAACUAUAAAUAGGACAAUUACAAGAAAACUUACAGGAACAAUAGGUUGAAGAGGACCCUGCUCAAACGAGCUUGCAGUCUAUAGGAUAUGAAGUAUGAAUCAUCAACUCAUGUAAAAAGUAUUUUCCCCCUUCUAAUUAAAGCUGUUGAAAUAUAUUUUUAUGCAGAAAAAUCUACCUAGUUCGAUUAUUUUGGAUUAUUCCACUGACACCAUUAAAAUAAUUUGUACAAUUAAGAUUUCUGGCACGCAAUUUAUUUUUCACAUAAAACCCUACGGCACUACCAUUAAAACUUGUAAAUAAAAAUUUUUAAAAAAGCUUGUAAAAAUGUUUUUACAUGUUAUAUUUAUUGCAGAAAUUUGGAUUUAAUGCAACGUUUCUGUUUAAAAGUAUUUUUUUUCCUGAAACUCAGAUAUUUAGCAGAAAUAAUGUAACAAUUUCAUAUGGUUACACUCUGUUAAUGUACAGAGACUACGUGGUAACAUAUCCAGAUCACUACAUGAACUUGCCAAGUACAGUCUUGUAGGUCAGCAAUCCUGGAAUUCCUGAUUACACAAAAGCCCAUGGUUUCAUUUACACAAAAGGUAAAAGGCAGGUAAUGAGGUCACAAGGGAAUCCUGCCCGAACACUAACCUUUCUAUAUACUGCUACAUUCUCAUCACUUUGAGUUUCAAAUAAACUUUGCUUUGAGCUUUCUGAAGUCCUCUGAAAGGAAAACUUAAUAAAAUGCUAUUUAGAGCAUAUAUCUUAUUUACUGGGGAACACAACAAGCUUGACUUUUUUAAUGGAUUAAUAGUAAUACAUUAAAAUACAGAAGGUACGUACUUACAUUUAAAGUUCCUGAAUUUGUUUCACAUGCCCAAACUUUACAGCCCAAAGUUUGUUUGUUUUUUACUUGAUAAGUACAUCACAUUAGUACAUCAGGAACUAAAAAUGUACAUCUCCAUAGUCAGUUUUCCACAUUUCCCAGACUAGUGAAUAAGUCCCAAUUUUGUUUCAUAUGGAUCGAAUUUGGAUUAAAGAAAACAGUAAUUGGACACAUGUAUUGAAAUCAUACAUUAAUUUUAUUUAAAGGGACACUAUAGCCACCAGAACAACUACAGCUUAAUGUAAUAAUAGCUGUAAUAGCUCCCUUUAGGCAUUUUCAUGUGAACACUGCCUUUUCAGAGAACGGGCUGCGUUUACAUUGCCUCUAGGGACACCUCCACGUGGCCACUUCAGAUGGCCACUGGAGGUGCUUCCUGGCUCAGUGCUGCACAGUAAGCAGCCCUGCCGUUCAGCAUCCCCACACUCUGCAUGGAGACGCUGAAUUUUCCUCAUAGAGCUGCAUUGAUUAAAUGCAUCUCUAUGAGGAGGUUCUGAUUGGCCAAAACGGUGUUUGGCCCUGCCCCCUUGCUAAUUUUAGCCAAUCCAAUUCCCAAUCCAUGGGAAUGUUGUCACUUAGGAGCUAGGGCCAGCACCGGCAGACCCGUAGAGAGCUGAACUACGGUAAGUUUUAACCCAUUCUGAGUGGGCUAAAGUGGGGGGGGGCCAAGCCACCUAUAUGGUAGGUUUUCACAAUAGGGUCAGAAAUACAUGUUUGUGUUUCUGACCCUAUAGUAAUCAUUUAAAGGAACAAUCCAAGCAUGUUUACGGUGCCAGUAGUGCCCUAGUUCUUGGGAACAGUCAAAAAAAAUUCAGUGUGGCUUGACAACUUACAUUGGUCCCCUGGGUGCCACGUAGCCAUUUUGCAGGGGAAGCAAAAGAUUCCUGUAAAGUAAAGCCUGUGCAAUGCAGUACGGUGCUUAUUAACACUCAACUGAUGCUCUUAGGAAAUUAGUGCUGUCCUGCAUAACCCUGCUUAGCUCUGUAGAGAUAACCAUAAUAUUCUGCAGCAGAAGAAUAGGAUGCACUGCCUGUUGACCAAGCGUGGACAGUGGGACCCAGGUAAGAUGUCAAAAUGUGACCAAAAUGGUUUGACUACUUACUACUGGAAUGUGCCAGGGCACUCAUGGCUCUAUAAUUACCACAGCAGAAUUUACUGAUCAUGGAACUUGGAGUGUUCCUUUUAAAAACAAAAAGCAUUUUAACAGACUAAUUUGAAUUUCAAACAUUUCAUUUCAAAUAAGACUGUGGUUACAAAUCCUUCUGACUCAUAAUUCACUUGGGAUCAUUGCUUAAUAUAGCUGAGAACGUGGUUAAUGUCCUAAUUUAUUUAAUUUACUUUUGUGACGGAUCCUCGGGUAACCUAAGCUGGAUAAAUGUCUCCCCAACCACCACCCCUCUCUCAAAAGACUAAUUAUCACUCUCCAGCCUGUGCCUCCCAGCCCAACACCUAUUUCUAGCAGCUCCGGAAUCACCUUUCACCGGUCAGGGGGCUGCUGAACUAUGGUGCGCCAGACCAGGAGCAACCCUCAACUUUCCUGGAACUCUAAAGCGGAUUGCAGAGUCACCGCGGUCCGUUGAAACUUCAACCAAAGCACUCUCAGUCCAUACCUUAAUUUAACUCAUUAUUACAAAGGGUUUAGGCAUGUUACACCCAGGGGUGAACUAAAAACUCAUACGGCCCCAAGCAAUAGGAAAACAUGGGGCCCCCUUGUGCCCACAUACACACACCUCCUGUAUGUACAGUUUUGUGUUACAGAAAGGGUUGUAAUAUGGCGGUUAGGGGCUUUUGUUGGGGACAGGAGCUGUAGUGUGUGUGUGACCGAGGCUGUUUUGGAGUAAUAUGGACUGAAGUGGGGGCUUAUGGGUUGUAGUGGGGGUGAUAGGGAUUGUAACUGGGGGUAUAAAGACUGUAGUGUGAUGGUUGAGUUUGUUAGAGGCCCCUUUGUGCCCGCUAUACCCAUAUAAGUAUCGCCCACAUACACACACCUGCCACAUGUACAUCCUUAUGUUACAGAAAGGGUUGUAAUGUGGCAGUUAGGGGCUUUUGUUGGGGACUGGAGCUGUAGUGUGUGUGACAGGCGUUGUUGUGGAGCAACAAAAUAAAUAUUUAGUCGCAAUAUAUAAUGGAUGCCAUAGCCAUGUUUGAUAAAGAAAUGUAAUAAUGGGGAAUUUGUGUUCAGGUGAGAUAGAACUCUCACUGCAAAACAGUUAGCCGUAGCCUUUACUGGUACAUUUAACCAAUACUGAUAUAAACCAUCACAGCUAAUUAUUUGUUGGUUUUUUGAUGGGAUCGGCAAUAAAGCUGAGACAUUGGACACUUUUACGUUAUUUUUUUUGAAGUUUAAACAUUACAGAAUAAACAUUUUUAAAAAAUUAUUUAAAAAAUAUUGAGUAUUGUUAAUGUUUUAUUACUGAUCAAAGCUUUUCAAAAUAGGUAUAUAGACGUGUAUUUUAUGUACAUAUUUCUAAAGCAACGCCACCCUCUGCUGGCAAAAUAAUGCCUUACAGCUGGUUCUGAUUAUUAGGGAUCCUAAUUGAGUUUCAAGAUAAAGUUGAAGACGGCAGGAUUUACAUCCUAAAAUACUCCCUAACCCAUCAAAAGGCAUAUAAAUUAGUAUAAUGAAUUCCUUAACAUUGGAUAUGGCAAGCCAAAACCAGUAAUAUUUGUAAAACAUUAUAAACAUAAAAACAAACAAAAAAAACAAAAACAAAACAACAACAGUAAUAUUUGAGAGUUAUGAGUCAAAUUAAACAGCAUGGGAAAAUUCCACACAGCUUUCCCAAGCUGUGUAAAAUGACACAGAGCACAAUGAUUGGUUGGAUUUCAAGCCAAUCAAAGUGCUGUGACAGGUAAAUUUAGAGAAUUACCUGUCAUUCUCUUCAUUUACCUAUCAGAGUACUCUGGUUUGUUGGCAACCAAUCAGAGCGCACUGAGCGUACUUGCAGGGCGUGGGAAGGCUUUAUAAGCCUUUCCCCAUCCUGCGGAGCUUAGUCUGUGCCGUGCCCUCCAUGGGUGAAGAUGGAUUCUUUUUUAGUGUUGGGUUGUUUUUUCUGCGUAUUUUUCUUUUUUUUUGCACUCCGUUUAUUUUAUUUUCAAAGUCCGACGGGUAUUAUGGACUUUUAUUUGGCCUUUUUGGGGGCUGAAAAAAGAUUUUAGAAAAAAAGAAGACAUCAAAUGGUAAGUUAUUUCUUAUUUACAGGGAUUUAGUUUUAUUGUUCCCCCCUCAUUAUUUUUAGGGUGAGGGGGGUAGGUAGGGGUUUAUUAAAUUUUUUUGGGUGGAGGGGUGACUAGGGGCUUGGAGACCCCUAGUCACUUGGGGGUGGUUAACAUUUUCAUUUAGGGCCCCCACACACCGCUCAUCGGUGGGGGCCGAGGCGGAGGACAAUAGGUCCCCCCAUUUGUUAUUUUGGGCCCCCACACGCUGCCCUGGGGUGGGGGCUGGGGGGAGGACAAUAGGUCCCCCCUAUUGUUAUUUAGGGCCCCCACCCGCCACUCAGGGGUGGGGGCCGGGUAGGUGAGGACAAUAGGCCCCCCCUUACUGUUAUUUAGGGCCGCCACCUCCCGCUCAGAGAUGGGGCCCAGGGGUAGGACAAUAGGUCCCACCCUAUUGUUAUUUAGGGCCCCCACCCACCUCUCACAGGUGGGGAUCAGGGGGAGGAAAAUAGAUCCCCGUUAUUGUUAUUUAGGGCCCCCAGCCAUUGGUCAGGGGUGGGGGCAGGAGGGAAGGACAAUAGGUCCCCCCCUACAUUUUCAUUUAGGGCCCCCACCCGCCGCUCAUGGGUGGGGGCCGGUUGUCGGGUGGGAGGAUAAUAGGUGGAAGUCCUAAAUUACAAUAGGGGGGAUUGUAAUUUAGGACUUCCACCUGCCGCUCAUGGGUGGGGAUGGGGUGGGGAGGACAAUAGGUCCCCCCCUCCAUUUUCAUAUAGGGGGGAUAAUAGGUCCCCCCUAUUGUAAUUUAGGGCUUCCACCUGCCGCUCAUGUGUGGGGAUGAGGGCUGGGGGGGACAAUAGGUCCACCUUUCAGUUUAAUAGCCCCCCACUUGCAUGGCACGGGUGGGGGCUUGGGAGGGGGGGGAUAUUAGGGUUUUUCAAUUUUUUUUUUUUUUACAUUUUAACAAUUAUAAACAAAUCUGUUUACUAGACAUGUCCCUACUCGCGGCAUACUUUACUUAGUAUUAGUAAAUUUGGCUGAAAGUCCAAUUUAGGUCUUUCAACCUUUUGGUAGAUAGCUCCCUAAUACCGUGGGAAUUAGGGAGUUAUCUACUAAGCGGCUGCAAGAUGCAGCCAUGGCACAAAUAGGAUCAGAGUUUCAUUCAUUCAAAUGAAAUUCCGAUCCAAACAAAGUCCCGAAAUGUGUCCGUACAUGAAUGAACAAGCUGUUCUCAUUCUGUUAGGACGAAAUUCAGUGGUGUCGUCAGCGUUCUGUCUAAAUGACAGGACGUUCGGGAAUACUGACAGGAAGCAUCACGAGAUCGCAGAUCAAAGGUGAGAAUUGUGGGCACACUUUGCUCCUCCGCUGGUCAGAGAUGGUCAGUAGUCCCUACUUUGUCUUAUGUUUUAAAGAAAACUAGAGCAGAUAGUAAGGAACAGACAGCAGAUCCUGAGAGAGGGAGAGAAGAGGAAUUGAUUAAAAAGGUAAGUUUGGUAUGACAGUGCCGCUUUAAUAAGAGCGAGGGAGGGUGCAAACUCCGUCCAAAGGAGCAAAUUGUGCCUGGAGAAUUUAUAAUCUUGGUCCGCAGGAUGCCCAAUGUGUGGGUGCGGUAGCUGACUGCCACUUGGGAAGUUGGGAAAGGGAGACAUGUAAGAAGAGGGAGAGAUGCAUGGAAAGACGAGGGAGGAGAUAUGGAAGGAAGUAGGUAAGAGAGACAAAGAAGGAAGGGGAGGAGAGAGACUUGGAAGGAAGCGGGGGGAGAGGGACAUGGAAUGUAUGGGGAAGAGGGACAUGGAAUGUAGGGGGAAGAGGGACAUGGAAGAAGGGGGGAGAUACACAUGGAAGGUCGAGGGAAGAGAUAUGGAAGAAGGGGGAAGAGGGACAUGGAAGGAAGUAGGUAAGAAGGACAUGGAAGGAUUAUUUUGUUGAAGUAGGUAAGAGGGACAUGGAAGGAAGGGGGGAGAGUGACAUGGAAGGAAGGGGGGGAGAUAGAAAUGGAAGGAAGGGUGGAAGACACCUGGAAAAAAGGAGGAGACACAUGGAAGUGGCCGACUGCUCUUAAAGCAAGCUUUUCCAAUGUGAGAUGCUGUAAGUUGGCAUGUGGGAAGUGAUCCCUUACUGUCCAGCCUUACAUACAGGCUCUGGAAGAGCUGGGACAGCACUAAGUUUAUACCCUCCAAAAAAUGUCCCAGCAGAUCUGCCUAAACUACAGUGGACACUAUAGGGACCUCUAGUGGCUUCAAUCAGGACUACAUAAAUGAAUCUUCUACAGGCACACUCCAAGAACCAAUACAACUUUAACCCCUUAAGGACACAUGACGGAAAUUUUCUGUCACGAUUCCCUUUUAUUCCAGAAGUUGUGUCCUCAAGGGUUUAAAGGACUUCCUCGUACACAAUAACAACGUCAUCUCAAUUAGGUUAUUGUGCCAGGAGGUCCUGGGUGCUGUUUUGCCUUAAGGGGUUAAACCAUUCAUUAAACUUUCAAAGACAGUACCAGUUCACUUUGCCCAACAAAUUCCUUCAGAAGUGUGAGACUUUAAUCGGGAAACCUCAGACUGGGCAACGUUGAUAAGUGGGGAGUGUAGACUGAUGCUCUCAGUGUACCACUAGCUCUUCAUACACAAAACUGAGGAAAAAAGAUGCGUACCUUGUUAUCGUGCCCAGAUUGGUCUUUUAGUGCAUUAAUUUGCUUUAUUUUUAUUUUUAUUUAUUUUUUUGCUAUGCUCAAAUCUUUAUAAAUGUUUUGCAGAAUGAUGUACUAUAAGCCUGUCUCCUUACCCAAACUCCCUGUAUCCCAGAAAAAGAGUUCUUUAUUAACCACUGACAGCACUGAGACCAUUAACCCAAGCCCCUAAACAACUUCUGUUAAACCGUUUAACAGAGUGUCCCCACUUUUGUCACUUCAGAAACAUUUCAAGAGUAGUUGGUACUUUUACAAAGUGGCAUGGUAGCCCCCUCCCAGGUAUCAGACAGCUAGCAGCCCUUCCUCAAUGCUUUGUGCACCAGUACAAAGCAGAAGGCUAUGUUUCUCAUAGAGACCUAUUUACCUGCAUAACAACAUAUACCUGUAUCUUUCCCUUAGAGGUUUGGGGAUUGACAAAAAGCCAGAGUUGCAGCGAGUCCUGGAACAUCGGAAGAGAGACAAAAUCAUUCAACAGAAGAAAGAAGAGGAAGAGAUUAAGAAGCUGCAAUCUCCAUUUGAACAGGAGCUUUUAAAGAGGCAACAGCGGCUUGACCAGGUAACCCAACACUGGCAGAGGAUUGUUUGUAUUUUGUAGGAGUGUUUUUUUCAAAGAACAAUGAAGUUGUUUGUUUGUUUUUUGCUUUGUUUUGUUUUUAAGUGGGGCUUGCCAUGCCUGUUUCACCUCAGUAAGGUGAGAGACAGCGACCUAACAAAAGCAAAGACAGGGGGAUAGGCAUAAGGCUAUCUUAAGGCAUAAGGCUAUCCUAGCUAUAAGAUAAGGCCAGGGACUAAUGAAAGUAUUUAGAAAAUUGGGCAGACUAGAUGGGCCGAGUGGUUCUUAUCUGCCGUCGCAUUCUAUGUUUCUAUGAGGCAUAUUACCUGACGUUAAAGUGGCUAGGCUAACGUAAAAGUAGAACUAUGAAAUAUCUGGACUAGACUAAGGGAAUGCUACAAAUCAGGAAAGGAACAAAAUCUGAAAAAUACAAUAUACACGGUACCAGACACAGGCAGGUACCAGGAAAAUGGAAACGAAGGAGUACUUGAGACGGGUAAGUGUCAGGAACAUGGAGAAGGGUAAGUUCAGUAAACAAGCCAGAGACUGGUAAACAGGCCAGGUAGUCCGACACAAAGGCAGGAGUGCAGAAGGGUAGUCAAGGCUAGCGGGGUCAAAAGAAAAAAAAACACAAAGUCAAAGAAGAAGUCUGGUAUUGUGGAGGUACAGGAAACAUGGCGCACAUAUGGUGGUUUUGUCCAAAAUUAACCAGAUAUUGGAUGAUGAUUCAUGAUUUCAUUAUUAAAGUGGACAAAUAUAUAGGUAUCUUGGCAUCAGAACUAGCACUUUUUAAUAAAUUCCCGGAGUCUGUUGCAAAAAUUGACAAAAUAAUUAUAGGCCACAUCCUAAUCGCAGCUACUUCAUGUCUACCUCGAUACUGGAAGUCUAAAAAUGUACUUACACGUAAAGAAAUUUUGACCAUGGUAUUAGGUAGUAAAGCAAACAAAUUGUCUUAGAGAAAGAAUACUUUAUGUGCAAACCAUCAACAUAUUUGGGAAAAAUGGGAAGAAGAUAUUAAAAAAAACUUAUUGCUUAUAGAAUAUAGAUUGUGUUAAGUUCAAAGAUGUAUAACUACUGUUUUGUACAAUAUUCCAUAUGUUUAUUUCUAUGGAUGGAUCCCCUUUCCUAUUUCCAAGUUUCUCUUCCCUUUCCUUCCCCGAAUAUUAUGUUUAACUAUUCUUUAUUAUUUGUUGUGUAAUACAUUAUAACCUUAAUACAAAUUAUUUGAAAAAAAGAAAUCUGGUUACAGGUGUUUUUACAGUGGUGGUAUUUCCAAUGAAGGAACACUUGCUCUGUAAAGGGCACCCGUCAUGUUCCAACAAGACUGGUGUUUGUCUAUCUUGCGCCCUAGGCAAGACCAGCUAUAUGCAUUAAACAUUUUAACACGAUAUAUAGAACUUUUAAUGCCUUAGAAAAUUAUCUGAAUAAAUGUGUGUGUUAUACUUAUGUAUAUAUCUUUUUCUUUUUCAUUUAGCUUGAAAAAGAACAAGAAGCUGUUAAAGAAGAUGGACACGCCCCAGAAUUUAUUAAAGUUAAAGAGAAUCUGAGGAGAACAGCCACCUUACAAGAGAGAGUGGAGUAGACUCUGCCACGCCUGUAUUAACAUAUCCCUUUACCAAGCAGGCUUUCUUCACUGUACUCGUUUAACGUUACAGCUAAGUCUUCUGGUGGAUGUAUCCUAAUCACAUGUACUCUGGCAGGAAGCCGAUUCCUGGGUUUGUGCUCCAUAAGGAUGCUUUAACAUUUCCUUAUCGCUGCGUUAGUACAUGAUGCUUACUUUUAGCGCCAAGUGGGAUAACCUGUUUCGUUAAAUGGAUCAUUGGGUUUGUCGCAGAUUGUGGUAUCUUUGUCAUAACGGACUGUUUACAGUAGACCUUACAAGCCAUGUGGUGUGCAUAUGCUUUUUAUAUGUCUCAAAUGAAAGGUCAAACAAGCCUUCUAUGUAGGAACCAAUUAAAAUUCUCCUGCAGAAGACAAGUAGAUGCAACCUAAUGAAGAUGCAGCCGGCAUCCACACGUUUAGAGGAAGAUAAAUGGACUGGAGCAAUCUAUACAGUUAUUUUUUAAUAGCCCGUUAUGAAUAUGAACUGGUGUUACGUAAAAGUGCAAAAAGAACUACUGAUAUUGAGUCUACCACAUGGUGUGUGAUCACCAUCACCAUACAUGUGUGAAGAUAGCUAGCAUGUGUGAUGAGUUUCUUCAGUCUGUUGGUCUCAGACUUCCUUUGCCAUAAGGCUGCCAAUUCGGAUCAAAAAUCUAACUAUCACAUUUUAAACUCAGCUGAUCAGAACUUCCCUAAGAAUACAUUCUACCUUGGAGUCCUAAAAUCCUAUUUAACAGAUAAGUGGUCUUCAGUUGUAACUAUGUCCUCAUAAGGGUGGCCAGGUCGCCUGCUUUUAAACUCCGUUUUAUUUUUUUAAGGGACAGUUCUACAUUGAGCUAAAUUAGUCUGUAAACACAUAAAAAAACGUAUAGCGGCUCUUCACAAAAAUACUGUUUUAAAGAUUAUUUUCUGAAUGACUUUGUCUGCAACAGUUUAUCUAUGGUAGAAGAAAUUUACACUUUUCACUUUCUGAAAAGUAAAUUCCUGGUUUCGUCCCAUCAUAAUUCUUUAUAAAGCAAACAAAGAGACAGGGUUAAAAUAGAGGUUAACAAUCAUGGGGAGGACUCCAUCAAGGUCAUUCAACUCAUAUUUUUUAUUUUUAUGAUGGGCAGACAUUUGAGGGUGAUAAACUAGUUGGAUCUGUAUAAGUAAUUAGGUUUUCUACUGAAGUUCCUUUGUAUUAGAGAAAUAUAUGUUGUAUUUGACUUAAAAAAAAAAAUCUCUAAAGAGAACGACUUCUGAGGCACAAUUUGUAGCCAGUGUCCAAAUAUGAAUUGUAUUAACCAGUUAUAUAAAAUUAUACUUCAAAACAGUUCAGGCCUGUCACACUGACAAAAUGUGGUAUUAUCAACUCACACACAAAUACAUAUACACCCACAGCCAUCAUGAUUUUUUUAUUUAUCUUUAUUCAUUAUUAGGAAAUAGAGAUGUACACGUAUAUAUCAAAUAUAACAUUUAAUUGAAUGAUGUAAGCAUUAGAACAAUUAACAUACUAUGUAAUGUAGGCCUAGACAUUGGGCACACAGGACCUGUGUCACGUGGUCUUGACUGAUGGCCAACUGAGGAGAUAAAUGGAUCUACCCAGCUGGCCCUGUGAAGUAGUCAACUUGCAGCUUCCGGCUUGCACACCAGCGAGCCAGUUGCAGCUUCCUACUGUCCGUGUUGCUGCUGCUUUUUGGGCACGAUCAGAGGGAGUCAUAGAUGCCUCUGCUGCUUACUUUAUGGAGCUCUGAUUAUUCAGUUUGAAACAGAAAGCAGUACAGGUCUCUGUAAUUCCCACACAUUAUGCUUAUGCAGCAACAAAGACUUCUAGUAAUAUAAUGUAUGUUCACAGUUAUACAUUUAUUUACUACCUAUAUUUAGAGCGCAUGCUUUCAAGAUCUCCUUCAGGCACGAAUAUUAUAAAAUCAACAAGGGAUACUCGGGUCUUGAGAAUGUGCACUCGUAUGGAAGCGAAAAAGAUUGCUGUAAAAAGGAACUCCUUACAAAAUAAAGAAAUGGGAUUAUUCUUAUUUGCACCUUAAAAAAAAAUACAGAACAACCUAUUUAAUUGAACAAAAAUGAAAAUAAUGAGUGAAAAUUAACAUAAAAAACAUUUUAAAAGAGCUCCACCGUAUUUAUCUUUUAUGUAUCAUGAAAUAACAUGUUAAAAGAACGUCACCAUAUUUAUUUAGCAAUGAGAUUGGCCAACAUAAUAAAAUAGUUCUAUUUUGUUAAGUUUAUGUGCAGUUACGAAAUGUAUUUGUGACUUGCUAGUCCAUGCCUUCUUAACUAUAGUUAACCUCCUUAACCAUAGUUCCCCAACCUUACUCUUCUUACCUCCUUUUUAUUUGUAGAUAACAUGGUUCCACAAUACUGGUAUUACGAUCUAGUUGUGUCAAUUCAAAAUUUGUUUUGAUAAACCAGUUCGUGGGUCAAGCAGCAUUGUUUGCACCCAUGCAAAUUCUAUUGAUCUGAAAGUCUCAUCUAUGAAUUAGUUUUUUCAUAUAUACAAUAUAACCCAUUUGAAAAAUGACCAUCAUUUGCUUGUUCACCAAGAGUUAGGGCCAUGAUUUUCAUCAGACAUCCUAAAUGAUUACUUGGCGCUGAAAAAUACAUUCCUGUUUAAUUAUAGGUUUAGGAGUAUCUUAAUAUGUUCACUGCAGGACAUUACAUUAUGUAACCUACCAAAGUAUAUAUUCAUGUGAGUGCACCCAAGGAUGCUUCUUGCCUGGGGAACCACAUUUUUGAAGAUUUUUAAUGCACUUACUAUAUGGGCAAAAACACAAAAUCCAGGCAGGUCUCUAAUUACAGGUGUUCUUCCUGUCUGGAAUGCCACGUAAAAAUAAAAUGUAACAUAAUCUAGCACUUGUUGGGUUUGAUGUGACACGACUCUCUAGUGUUACACCAUGUUCUUUAAAAGAAUUGGCAAUCUCGAAAAUUUCUUAAUAGUAUGUGCGUUGUGAGUGUUCAGACAAAGCAAUUAUUCUAAUUUUUUAAUGACUUCUUACAAAGAGAAAGAUGAGUCACAAAUACAAUAGGCUGGUUCAAAGUGUCCCUUUAUCAAAAUAUAAUUAUAUCAUUUAAAACACAUAAAACAAUAAAGAACAUAGAGCCACACUCAGGCUGUAGGCGGAACUACAGCGAUCGUUUUUGUAACUACAACUAAGGCAUUUCUGCUAUACCAAGGAACCAUAUUGCUUAAAUAGGACACUACACUUCAAGUAGAAAUGGAACGCUGGAGAGUUCAUGCUGCCCAAUAGAUCCAUGUACCAGCUGCAGAGUCCACAUACAGAAAACCUAAUUUUCAAAUGGACUAGAUCUAAGCUUCUUAGUAAAUGCAGUUUAACUCAAAGACUAAUGAUCUACACAGCCGCACAAUUAAUGCUACUGUUGGUGUUAUAUUGAUACCAGCGUUCUCAAGAGGUAAUAUAGCUUACAAUCAAACACUUGUAUGAGGCAUGCAAGACACACAACCUUUAACUGACCUUCAAAUUGUUCCUGUUUAAUUCUGCCUAUUCACUUGUUAUUGAUUUUAUCUUUGCGUUCUGCAAUUAAGUACGUUAUCCGCAGACAUAUUAUAUUCCCUGUGUUUCAUCAAUCAAUACAUUUUAAAAGUCAAGCAUCACAUGAGAGACUGAACCUUUAGCACAAUAAUCAGGGUCAGACAAAUCAUUUUAGGUCACGAAGGGGCGAAAAUGAAGGCACCACAUGGUUCACAACCCCCUUACCCACAUUAUCAGAGCAUUUGUUAACAUUUAACAAAAAAUAUAUAUAUUUCUAUAAAGUCCUUAUUUUUAUAUAGAUAUAUAGUCCUUUCUAAAAGUAGGUAUCCUACCGAAUGGCUGGCACUUGGCACUGAAAGUGUUAUUUUGACUCGCAUGUCUCACGAAGGAUAGUUAUACUUAGGAAAAGUGUGUUACUUAGGUGCCUUAUUGUAUGGCUGCAAAAAAAUAUAUAUAUAAUAGAUGGACAUAUUUUUCAUCAUCUUUUUACUUUGAGUCCCAUUUUAUUUUUAUUUAUUUUUUGGUUGUAGAAAGCAGGCAUGUAUUAGUCAUAUACCACUUGUCAUGGGGGCUUGUCACUUCACUGCAUAACAUGAACAUGAAUUACUUUAAUUAGUUUCCACACAAAUCUACCAGCUUAUAUUGUAACAGGGUAUUCAUGAUGAACAAACAAAAAAAUCUCUGCUGCUAAUGAAUGCCCCAUCCCAUGCAACAGCAACGUAAACAGUGAUUGGUUUUUAUUAUUAUUUUACGGUCCUUCUCUUCUUGUACAAAUGGCAAUGUUUAGUUGUUGAUUAAAAAGACGCUGACUGGAAGUACCCCCUUACUUUUUUCAAAGCAUGAUAGUAUUUGUUAACAAACAUGCAAACAAUAAAAAGAAAAAAAAAAUACAGGUAAAAACUAUAUUCACCUCUAAAUAUUUAACCCCUUAAGGACCAAACUUCUGGAAUAAAAGGGAAUCAUGACAUGUCACACAUGUCAUGUGUCCUUAAGGGGUUAAAGAUGACAGCACUUGCAGAGGUAAAAUCUUCCAGCAGAUAAAUCCCACUCACACCAGAUAGAUGUUUCACCAAGAGGGAGCCUCUCAUUCAAGUCUGUGAACUUUUUCCUUAUCCCGUAAACUGCUGUGUAGUUCAUAUCUCACAAGUGUCCCUAUUUAGGAGGAACAGUCCCUAUUCUGGACCCAAAUCCCCCUGUCUAUCUUUUCUAUCCAAAUCCAAAUGUCCCUCUUUUCUAUUGUACUCACAGCAAUGUGUCUUUAAACUACAAUAAAUGUGAUUAGAAAUCAGUCUGUGUAAAUAAGAUACAUUGCUCUUGUUCUAAAAUUACAUUUUAGUUUUAUAAAUUGUUAUUAGUAAGUCACCUAAAAUUUCUCAAAACAGCCCUGCCCCUGGACACACCCUCACUCGUACCCCUAAAAUUAAAAUGUCCCUCUUUGACAAUUUGAAAUGUUGGGAAGUUUGGUAGUUUCGUCUGGAUUUAGUUUUGUGACUGAAGCUAUAAGAGGAGGAGAUGGGCUUGCCCCAUGAACAAGCCAGGAGUAAGGACUGAGAACCAGGGGGUAGUGUUAUAGCCACAGCAAAGUUUUGCUAUUAUAAAGUGCCGUGUGCAGAGGAACUCUAUGAUCCAUGGUCUAUGCAAACAGCAUAAACCAUUUUGAUGCCUAGAGAGCUUUUAACAUUUUUCUAAUAAUAUCAUCCUACAGCAUCUCCUUAAAAAAAAAAAUCUGAAAGGACACUGUAACAUAAAUUUAAUGCUUAAUGUUUAGGACCUUAUAAAUAUUUAAGUUCCAGAAAAGGAAGUACAUUAUUUAUGGUUAUAUUGUAUCUAUAUAGAUCAUAUUUCAAGAAAGAGAACUUAAUGGACCACACCAAAUUCCAUAACCACUAAUCCACGCUAAAGAGUUUAUUGUACCAGGAGUGCCCUGGUGAGCCCCAUGGUAAGUAUUCAAGCUGUUUUACAAUAGAUUGACUACUUACCUGAGGUUUGCCAGGCACCUCUUUACACCUCCUCUCAGGAGCUUCGGACUCAGAGACAGAAGCUCCUUUUUAGGAGUUUCUGUUGUGUCUCUUGAGCAAGGCCCCACAGUGCAGGAAGACUUGGACAGGGCACCAUUGAUAGGCUGAGAGCAUCAGUUGACAUUAUAAGCCUAUCAGUAGCUCACCAUUGAGAAAAGACAGUGAAAAGGAUACGUACCAUUUUCAGUGUCUUUACUCAAGGGGACCUACUGAUAGAUCAAGAGUCUAUUCCGAUGAAGUUGCUAUGGUGCCCCGUAUAUUGAAGCCGAGCUAUGGAUUAUUUUUCCCAGAGAUUAUGUUGUAUUACAUUAUACAAUAGAAUCCAAGCCCCACAGGAUAAACGUCUGAAGGGUUUAUUUCCCUACCUAGAAAUUGGACAACGAAUUGGAAAACACCAAUCUACUACAAGACUUAUUUUACGAUCUCUUGUUUUUCAUGGGUUUAGAUAUUUAGUAGAAAGGCUUUACUGUUGGGGAUCUGUUUUCUCAAGGAAUAUCAUGGUUCGAAUAUAAAGCCUAACGUUCUUGUUUAUACUAUACUUUCAGAUCUCGUAUGAUUUUUUUUUUCUAUUGAGAUGUGUUUUGUAGUAUUGUUUAUAAGAACCUUAUUCCACAUAUGGCUGUUUAUCUUCCUUUUUUUAAUUUUAUGAUUUCUUGUGGCUGAUAAACAAAUGUGUGACUUCAGUAAGGGUAGAUUGGCAUUAAUCUGGCCACUCAUUUCUUGAAACACUAAUUUUCAACAAUGGAGGACAGUCCUCCUAGACUGAGACACAUGGUAGAUCCGAUACAAAAUGUGAAUUGGAACUCCCCUUUGUCUAUUGUCCAAAUUCAAUGGUCAAUCUGACCACGGACUGUGGUUUUACUGCCAAUGUUAAUGUUAACAUAAAAGAGUGGGGUUUUAGUUGAUCAAUGUAUUUUUUUAUCUGCACGUUUAUUAAUGCGUAUUUACAUGUGUUGCUUUGCUCUGAAUUUAUCCAAGUUAAUAUAUGUAAAUACAAUGUACAAAGAUCCGACUUAACAGAGUUCUAGAUCACUGGAAUAUAUGGUUUAUAUUUUUGUGUGUUUAUGUAAAUAUUCUGCUAAUGAAAUGGAAUCUAGAACCCAGGUAUCAAAGCUGGAAAAUAUUAAUCAAUUAUUGAAGCUAUUUUCAUAUUUAAAUGCACCUUAUUAUAUGUGACACUUUAUUAAGUAUAGCAUAAUAACAUGAUGUACUAAAUCAGGGAAACCAUAUGCACACUGGAUUUUAGGUUUAAGGAUCUGUAUUUUGAUUUUAAAAAUGGAUAUGUCUCUGGGGAAUUUACACCCACUGUCUUUCCAUCAAACCCUUUAUCUUUAAAAUAAGGUACUGAUAUGUAUUCUUCAUAAUAUGCUUAUUUAGUAUCAUAGAUCCUAUUGAAAUACUCAUGUAUUUAAUUUCUAAACAUUAUAAUUCUAGUGAAGGUUACUAAACUAUCAGAGAUAUUCAUUAAAAUUGUGAUUUGUCGGGAAUCAAUCAGGAAAAUGUAAUUUAAGGCCAAAUUAGCCAAUAUGGGGAACAGAAUUAAAAUAUUCAACUCAGCUAUUUUCCCACUAAGCAUCAUAACCACUAUAAUUUAUUGUAGUGGCAAUGGUUCUAGGAGUGCUUUGAUGCUUUACCAUUAUAAGAAGUUAAACCAUUUAGAUCAGUUUGACUUCUUACCUGACAACUGCACGGUACUACUCUCUGCCUUGACUUCUAACAUUGGAGAGCUGGAAGCACCUAAGAAGGAACUUCUGAUAGCUCUCUUGAGAUAAGCCAUGCACUUCACUGUUAAACCAUUGGAAAUUAUUUAUUGGUUUAAGGGAACAUGACACCAGGGGAAUCUGGGCACUAUAACAUUCAGUCAUUGACAUGAAGUGGGAACUGUGCUUGCAGUGUUUCUUUAAUACUCUAAGACACUCUAAUAUCCCUUUCACUGGGUUUUAAGUUAUGCAUUUAAAAUCAAUAUUUUUGAUCAUAGACAUCUUAAAUGGUAACAAGGAAGUAUAAUUCUUUUUUGUGAGGUGUUAAAAAUUAAAUUAAAUGUAGAAAUCCACACAUAUCUCCUGGAACUGGACACAAAUGUCUUAGCUCUUCGUCAAUCUUGUUGCCCUUUUCUGCCAUCAAACAUAGUUAGUAGAGGAGGAGAAAAAAAACAAAAUUUUUCUGUUCUCCUUUGCAUUGUGUGCACUGGUUGUGCUUGGACUGAACUGGACUGCAUACCUCCAAACAUUUAUUGGGAUUAAAUUGGGAUUGGUGGGUGGGCAUUCAGAGCAGCAUUGCCAAUGACACUACAUAUUACAAUGGUGAUGCCCAUAUUUGGUGGCUUCUCAAAACAAAGUGUGUGGGCCCACCUAUGUUAGGGGUGUACCAGCCUGUCGUCAAGCAUGCUAGGCUGAUAGACAACAGCCCAGCAGGCCCCUAACAUACAGGACUAUGCAGAGAGUGCCACUGAUGCUUUCUCUGCAUGGUCCUAAUUGCCGUCCCACAAUAAAAUCUAAUAUAUUGUUAGUGCUGUGCUGCCUGGAAACAGUUUCCUGGUGUCCCUGAAUGUGGGACACCAGGGAUCAAUAUUGAGAUGGCAGGAUUGGCACACAUUGCACUGAAGGAAUAGAAAUAAAACUUUUGGUUUCUUUUUCUGCACCUCCAGAAAUGCGUAAAACCAUGAGUGACAAGAAGUCACAAUUUAGGCAAUUUAAAUGGUAUUGCUUUUUAAAUUUAAUUCCAUUUUUCAGAUCUCAAAACACAUAUUAGUUAAAUAUAGGAAACAAGUUAACAUUAGUGUGAUGGUUGGUGAGUGUGGUCUCUUUACCCAUCCAUACCCCUGCAUUAUUCUAAUUUUGUUUCUGUAUAAAGUCUAACGUUUAUUUCAACUAUUAUGUUAAUUUUCAUUUUGGAUACAAACAUUACAAAGACAAUGAAAUAUAAAUCUAUUUAAGAAACCAUGAUUAAAUGAGAUGUUUGUGGCUCUUUAACAUUAUUGUCUCUGACUUUUUUUAUGUACCUACCACUACCUUGAAGUUAAUCCCACUUUGUGUUUUUCAUUUUUUAUGGACACUCGAAAAUGUUAAGUUACAGUAUAUUCAUGUUAAAUCUCUUCUGAAUUUUAGAUGUAAUCUCAGUUGGGAAUUUUUGUGGCUUAUUUUAAAAAGAUAAAUUAUUAAAAUAUGUGAUGUUGAAGGCAGCAACAAUGAAUGUUAAAAAUAAUUUGUGUUGAUUUUUCUUUCUUUUUUUGCUUUAACUGUGAAAACAUUUCUG